AUGGGACAGAGACGGACAGGACAGGAGGAUAUCACCUCCAGGCCCUGUGGACGAGACACAUGGGUGAAUGUUCUCACUCCUCAACGACCUGGGGAGGUGUGGGGAUGCAGCUUCCGCCCGUGGGGGGACACCGAAACAGCCAACACCCACCCCGAAGAGGUCAAAUACUUAUUUCACUUAUUUACAUGCAAAUCAAUUUAUAACUUUUUUGACAUGCAUUUUUCUGGAUUUUUUUGGGUAAUUCUGUCUCUCACUGUUAAAAUACACCUACCAUUAAAAUUAUAGACAUUUAAUUUCUUUGUCAGUGGGCAAAUGUUCAAAAUCAGAAGGGGAGCAAAUACUUUUUUCCCUCACUGUACAAUGAAAUGCUAUAGGCAUCUAUUUUUCAUCAUACAACAUAUUGAUUCCCAUCAUCCGUUACUAAUGGGAUAUGGACAGAUGCAACAGGUAGAGGAUUGAAAGUCUGACCUAUCUUAUUUUGCUAAAACUGUGCUUGUUCCAAAAUAAAAUCUUUUCUACAUUUGCUUGAUGUCUCUAAAUUGUGUUGGAAUUUGGAGUAACUUUCCAAAGAUGCCUAAAUAUGUUUUUCAUAAAGAUUCCACCUUUAAGGAAAAAAGUAUCAAAAGUGACCAGGUCACUUUAAGCAGCUAUCAAUAAAAACCUAUAGAUAAUGAUAAAUUGAGUCUGCUAAAGUGCUAUUUUUUUAUGCUCCGUGCUGAUUUAUUUUUGUCUAGGGCACAGCCCUGGCAUUAGUUACUUAAUAACUAAUGACAGACCUAAGCAGUUUUAUCAAACAGCCAUACAUCUUUAUACCUUCAGGACUAUCGAUUAGAUAUGUAAAUUGCUUACCGCUGACUUCAGCGUCGUGUUCUUUUUGCUGAUCUUGGUCCUUAUUUUUUUGGAGUAUCUUGAUAUCAAUUCUUAACGUGACCCUAUCCUGAUUAUUUGACCGUGCUUUAAAAUGUAUACACUUCUGAAUCACCUUGCCUGGGCAUAUGUUGCUGUGACUAUAAUUCUCUGUUAACUUUUCUACCUCGUCUGUGAAAAUAACGUCCUUCUGAAUAGAGUAUGCAUAAACCUUGGUUCUCAGUAUAAAAUAAGCUAAGUAGAAAAAUAUAAACAAAACUAAUACAAAUAUAAAAGAUACAUAUUUUCAGAUAGACUAGGGUCCUAGUUUGAGGACUAUAAAAGUAGUAACAGUAAUAUGCUAGGAAAAUAAUGUUCAUGAAGAAAUCAGCAAGCUUAAACACCAGUUUAAUUAAUAGCUUGUUAUGAAUUAAUGUGUUGCUAGUUGUGAACUACUCAUUCUAUAAAAUGCUGCUGAACAGGAUUGUAUAUAGACCACGUUCAGUAUUCACAUUAAGCAGAAUAGGAGUUCCAGGAUUGACGUAAAACUUUUCAGUUACUUCCAAUUUUGGGCAAACCUCACUGUGUAUGCUAAUCUUAGGGAUUAGCAGCACGUUGAAGAACUUCCAAUCUUUCUUUUUUUUUUCUUUGGCCAGUUUUGUGUGUCUUUUUAGGCUUAAUAGGCUACUGCAGGCUAUUAGCAGACCAUGAGAUAAUACAUUCUAAACCAACUAUGCAAUAAAUGAAGUUUAAACAUUAGAUCUCUCUUUACAGGAAGUGUAUAGGAAGACUGUGUAGGUCACACGCAGAGUAGGAGUUGCUAUGGCUGCAUAAACAAAGUGGAAAAAUGUAACAUCUAAAUAUCAAAGAAUUGAGAGUUUCCCUGCAGGGGUAUGAUCUAUACCAGGGGUGCCCAAUACGCUGAUCGCAAAGGUGAUGCUGACUUUUAACCGGUGGGAUGUGGGAGCACAGAGAACCCCUCUUCCACAGGUAACUCUUUGAAGCCAUGCCGAAUGCUGAGUAUUUACCCUGUACCUGGCUGUUGUGUGUGCAGCCUCAGAGGGGAUUGGAGCUGCGAGGAGCAGUUGUGGCAUCGCUUUUGACAGCUGAAGGCUGGAAUACAUGACGCCAUAUCCUGGCAGAGAGCUGUGGGAGAGAGAUGGGCAGCAACACCUCACGGGACUUGUGUGGAGCAAUUAUGAGAAACAGUAAGUGUGUAUAUAUGAGCCAGUGAGUGUAUAAAAGCAUAUAUGAGUGUAUGUGUGUAAGAGCCAGUGUGUGUCUGCAAGAGCCUGUGUGUAUGUGUGUGUGUGUGAGCCAGUGUGUGUGUAAGAGCUAAUGUGUGUGAGUGUGUGUGUGUGUGUGUGUGAAAAAGUUAUUGUGUGUGUGUGAGCCAGUUUUUGUGUGUGUGUGUGUGUGUAAGAGCUAGUGUGUGUGUGUGUGUGAGCCAGUUUUUGUGUGUGUGUGUGUGUAAGAGCUAGUGUGUGUGUGUGUGUGUGUAAGUCAUUGUGUAUAUGUAUGUGUAUAAAAGCCAGUUUGUGUGUGUGCGAGUCAUUGUGUGUGUGUGUGUAUAAAAAGCCAGUGUGUGUGUGUAUGUGAGUGUGUGUGUAAGAGCCAGUGUGAGUGUGUGUGUGUCUAAGAGCCUCUGUGUGUGUGUUUGUGUGUGUAUGUGUAAGAGCCUGUGUGUGUAAAAGCCUGAGUGUUUGUGUGUGUAAGAGCCAGUGAGUGAGUGUGUUUGUGUGUGUUCCAUUCCUAUAUUUAGAUUUUUACAUAUACACACACAUACUACAGAGAUGAGUAAGAAAAUCAGAGGGGGAGUGUUACACAAAAGGGGGUAAGAGACCAAAGGUGGCAAAAGUGAAAGACAUUCAGAUGGGGGUCAAAGACAUAAGGGACUUAAGAAGCCACAAAAUGUGAGGUAAAAACGCAAAAGCAUGAAAAGAAUGACAAACAGGGUACAAUAUUCAAAGAAUAAAAAGUAAAAUAAAAAGGUGUCAAGAUGCACAAAACGGGCAAAAGGAUGAGUAAGAUGGGCAAAAGUGGGUUAAUAGACAUACAGGUGUAGAGGAAGUUUGGGGACGGCAAAAUUCAUCUUCGCCUGUGCAGACAAGAAUCCUUGUACAGUCCCUGUUGGCAGCCACACUACUUGAUUUUGUUUUGAAGGUAGAUCUCAUUGAGCUGGUGAUUUAAAAGUAGAUCAUGACACUAGAAAGUGUUGGCACCCCUGAUCUAUACAUUAAAACCAAUCACAGACUGCUAAACACAUUCACACAGAGACUGCUGAAUACACACAGAAACUGCUGAAUAAAUUCAUGCACUGCUGUAUACAUUCACACACUGCUGAGUACACACAGAGAGACUGCUGAGUACACACACCGCUGAAUACAUGCACACACUGCUGAGUACACACACAGUGACCGCUGAAUACACCCAUAUUUCUGUGAGGGGUGCUGUGUGUAUGUGAGGGGUGCUGUGUGAAUGAGGGGAGCAGUGUGUGGAGGGUUGCAGUUUAUGGGGGUGCUGAGUGAAGGGGUGCUGUGUGUGGGGCAUGCAGUGUGUGUGUGUGAGAGGGGUGCAGUGUGUGGGGUGAGCAGUGUGGGGGUAGGUGCUGUGUGUGUGUGUGGAGUGCUGUGUGUGUGAGGGGAGCAGUAUGUGUGGGGGUGCAGUGUGAGGGGUGCAGCGUGGGGAGCGUGUUGUGUGUGUGUGUAGGGUGCAGUGUGUGUGGGUGCAGUGCGUGUGUGUGGGGGGGUGCUGUGUGUGGUGAGAGUGCUGUGUCUUGGGGGGUGGUGAUCAGGGAGAAAGUAUAUAUUUUAUUUUUUUUGUUUAAAAGUAAAAAAGCAUCAAGUCCCUCCCCAUCCACUGUUCUUACAUUUUGUCAGUCCUGGUGGUCCACUGGAAAAUACAGAGUUCUAGCCUGCAGUCCCUCUGCCUGCAGGCUGACUUUUCUCCUCCCUCGAGCAUGAUGGUAACACGCAGCAACGCUCAGAAGAGCAUUCUCGUAGGAGGAAUGAUCGGCCUCCCGGGUCCUGUCCUCCCUCUCCUGCUGCCCUGGGUCCUCCCUCCCUCCCCAAAAUCUUUGAUCUCCCCACCGGCCCGAGAGUGUGUCCACAGCAACUGAGCCAGCUCUCAAAAGAUAUCCCCUGUCGGCCGGUGCCCAUGGGUAAUUCCAUGGGGCCCCUGGGCAUGCGGAAAGUAGGCCCUGGAUUUAACCCUGUUUUUACAUUGCAUGGUUGAAGUGACAGGGGCACUGCACUCAAACUCCUUCAUUGAGAUGAAGUGAUCUAGGUGCCUUUAAUAGUCCUUUAAUACAUUUUUAUCCCUUAAAGGUGUCUGCAUACAUCUAAUACUGUUUCAUACAUCCAGGAAACUUCCCUAAACAACCUUUCUAGAUUAAUUACUUGUGACAAUGGUCAGCUGAGUUUCCUGGGACCUCUACGGCUCCUGACGUUCUAAACCAUUUAUGGGAUUGAGAAAGGAGAGGCAGAUGCUCUGCUGGUUACAAGGACCAGGGGAUUAGAUUAACCAGAUUAAAUUUCAGUGCUCUUUUCUGUUAUUGUUGAAUUUAACCAUGUCAAAACUGAAAUAGUUCUGUUUGAACUCUUAUUACCAUUGACACUUUAAAGUGUAUUUCUCAAUGCAAACGAGGACAAUCUACAACAAAUAUCCAUAGCUGGGAUUCACCUGGAUUACCUUUUAUUACCUUCUACGAGUUUUUCCAAUGAAGAAAAAUCAUAUUCAAGAAAUAGCUAAAAGGACAACAUUGUCUUAGAUAGUGCUUUGUAGACUAAAAUCUGGUUUUUGAACAUGUAUCUACAAGUCAAUGCGUGCAUACCAAAAAUAUGUAAAUAAAUAUAAUCCUGUUGCACUAUCCGUAUAUUUAAAUUUUAACUGACAGUUAUGAGUAGAGGUCACCUUAAAUUAGACAGAACCACUGCAGGAUUCCGAGCCGUCGUUGAUAAUCUACAGCUUCUGCUCUGACUGUAAUAGUAAUAAACCAGCAUAUCCCCCCCAGUCUCUGAGCUGAAUUAAUUAUUUCUUUAACAAAGCAAGCAAGCGUUUACAAUGACAUUUACGAACACACACACACACACACACACACACACAAGGGGGAGUGUCUGCCAAUGCUCAGUGCUCAACCAAAUUAAAACACUAUCAGAGCUGGCAUAGAGAGAGACAGAAGGGAGGAGAGACCGAAGAUAGAAAACAGAUUUAAAUAUAAAAUAUUUAUGAGAACUAAAUAAAACACAGAGACCUGGAAAUUUCUGGAUUUACUGGAAGAAUUAUACAGGUAGAUCUGUUAAUUGGAUUUUUAUUAUUAUUAUUAUUAUUAUUAUUAUUAUUCAUUUAACAAGGAUUUAUAUAGUGAAAGACGUCUCUUAGGGAUUUGACCUACCGUUAAAGACAACAAAGCAUGCAUAUGAAAUGGAGACAGUAUUCAAACAAAUGUGUUGGGUGGUUGAUUAACUUCAUUUACUGCAGAAUGUGAGAUAUCCCAACAUCUGGAUUAGGUGAGCCAUUAAAAUAUAAGACACAAAAUAUCUUUUGAUGGUGUAGUGAAAAUGUUUCAUCUAUAUGGGUACUUGUGCUAUUUGAGGUUUCUGUUUUUACAAGUAAAAAGGUUUUUUCGAUGUCUAAGGGUUUAAAAGGAUUCUAUGCUAAAAUGAGAAGGGGUCAAUACCGUGCUUCUACGAGACAGCACUCAAAGCAGUGAGAUUUACUUUGCCUUGUCAAAGGCUUGAAAUGUGAAUUAUUUGAUCUUGCUUAAAACAUAUGCUAUCAUUGCAUAGAUUUUCUGAAAUUGCAUCUGUUUCUUAUUGUACACGAUCAUGUUUGCCCUUUUUAAUCAUUUGAAUUAAAUUGUGCAUGAACUCCAUUGCACAACAAUCCUCCAGAAACCUCUCUAUUUUUUUUAUUUACCCUUUAAUAAUCUGUUCCCCAUCUGCAAAAAGGCACUUUCAAAAAUUCCCAUAGUAAAGGUGUUUUAUUCAACGUACUAAAACGUGGACAUACAUUUUUAUCGUCAAAUUAUACAUUUAUCCUACACCACAUACACACUGAUGUCUUCUCUGUUUCUAGCUGUUGCUUUCCCAAAAUAUUUCAAUUGGUUUGGUGCUCUUGGUCUCAUGUGCCCCUAGUUCCACUCUGCUUGUUUUAACUAUUUAUAGACCAAGAUAGAUAUAUCAAAAUGGAUUAAAGGGAAAGCAAUUCUGCUAAUCUGCACAGCUCACACUUUAAUCCGAAGCUACUAAUUCCUCUGUUAUUUUUCUGUGCGGGAGUAUGCUCCAAAUAAGGUAGAAAACAUACUGAUAAUAUACACAGUCUAUUCCACUUGGUAUAUUGGCAGGGCUAGAAACUUAAAUCAUUCAUUUGGAAUUUUAAGAGAAAGAAUUAAAUGUUCCCAAAAAGAACGUUCCCAAAAAUGUCAAACACUUAUUUUGCACAUAACUGCCCUAGAGCAAGGGAUAAGAUCAGGUAUGUCAGACAUAUAAUAAUCAAUAUAUCAUAUAUUUUGUUCUUCAUCAUGUACAAAACAUUCUCAGAGUCGUUUUUCGGUAAAACUGCCAAAAAAUGUUUUCCUCUGCUAAGAUUGCGCCAUGGUUGUGACCAUUUUCCAUGGACUGUCUCUAUUAACAGAAUGUCUGUUUUUUUUUGUUUGUUUUUUAUUUUAGAUGAUAAUAAGAGAUGUUAAAUUUCCAAGCAUAUUUAAGCCGUGAAAAAAAAGGUAUUUUCAUAAACAAUCUUCCCCUAAACAGACAGUUUUUGAAUUAAAAAAAAUGAAAAUAUUAUAUAUAAUAUAAUAUAUUAAAGGACCACUAUAGUGCCAGGAAAACAUACUCAUUUUCCUGACACUAUAGGGCCCUGAGGGUGCCCCCACCCUCAGGGUCCCCCUCCCGCCCGGCUCUGGAAGGGGGAAAGGGGUUAAAACGUACCUUUUUCCAGCGCUGGGCGGGGAGCUCUCUGCCUCCGAACCUCCUCCGUUCCUCCCCGUCGGCUGAAUACGCACGCGCGGCAAGAGCUGCGCGCGCAUUCAGCCGGUCGAAUAGGAAAGCAUUAUCAACGCUUUCCUAUGGACGCUUGCAUGCUCUCACUGUGAUUUUCACAGUGAGAAUCACGCAAGCGCCUCUAGCAGCUGUCAAUGAGACAGCCGCUAGAGGCUUUGGGGGAAGGCUUAACCCAUUACACACUAAAGCGAAUUUCAAAUUUUAGACCUAAAAAGUUGAACUGGAAGCAAAGAUGACUUGAUCAAAUUUUCCAUUUCAGUUAUUUUGGCCUUAUUUUUGAAAUUCACUUUGAAUUCACGACAAUUCUUACUUUAGUAAAUAGUCCUGCUAAUGUGUAAUGGUAUAAAAAGGCAGCUUUGGCAUAUUAAAUAAAUAGUUACAAGAAAACAUGCAGAAAAUAAUUACAAAUUCAGUGUACUUGUUUGCAUUUUUUUUUUUUUUUUGUCAAGUGAACUUUCAGGAAUACUUGAACUGUAAGGGACCUAUUAUGCCACUUUAUGGGGAGCAUAAACAGACAAAGGCCACAUUGUGUGGCCAAAACUUUGUUACCUACAUCUAGUUAUUAAACCCUGCUUAACACUAUCUUGGAGUGCUCCAACCAUUUCCUUAAUAAUACAACAGUUUACAAGGAGCAGAAAAAAAGUAACUGAGAAAAAAGGCGAAGGGUGAAGUUGAACCAAGAAGGAUCUAAAUAAAAUAAGUUUAUAAAAACACAAAGAUCAAGCACCAGAACAUUCUUUUAAGUGGAUACCAACAACAAUCCUGACAAGAGUCUCUCUUCAUGGGUAGGGUAAUGGUAAUUGUUCACAGUAGGUUGAUCGUUGCACUUCAGAUGAGCAUAUAUGUAAAUAAGUUGAGAUCAAUUAAAUGUUAAGUUUUUUAUUUAGAUUAAUGUACAUGUAAAACAAAAAGAACAAAAAUAGGUCCAACGGUGGAAUAUAUCACUAUGUCAGGACAGAAGUAUGUGUGGAGUGCAACUUACAUUAGGUCGAGCUUCACACCAGCUCUGAGGUUUUGAGUCUAGUCGGAACAAUCCCCAACUGAGGCUAUGUGACAUUCUUUCAGCGGGACACUCACGAUUUUGGAUUCCUGUCCCAACAUCCACCUUCAGUUCCCUGAUGUCCAACAAAUGGGGACACUACGGAACUGUCCCCGGGCAGUACUUUAUCAUUAGACAUGCUUGUGCUGUGCAGGUAGCGCUUCAGCAGCUGGGGUCUGGCCAGGCUGUCUGUAAGUCUGUCGGUCCAUGCCUGCCUUUAUUAGCGUCGCUAGUGACUUGAUUUGUAUCACUGGCAAUGCUCUUAUGUGGCCUCACCCACCUGAGUCACAGUAGUGAAAUGUUGGGAGGUAUGUUAUACAUUGGAUAAAUUCUUUAUUUUAUUUGGUUUUUUUUAGUAGAUCACCUUGUCAACCCAUUGUGUUUUACCACCUUCAAUGUUACUAUUUUAUGCUUUGCAUGUAUCUUGUUUAUUAUUUUUUACAUGCAUUAUAUUUUGCUUACAUAAAGAUCUGUUGGAUUUGUAAUAGAUACAUAAAUUGCAAUAAUACCGCAUACUAUAUAUCUCUGUUUUUCAUGGAAUUCAUAUAUUUUACAUUGUCAGUAAACAAAGCAAGUCAUUUACCAGUUUUAAAGAACUUUACAUAUUUUACAGCCAAUAUACAUUGCAUCACAUCUCAUCUCUUGCUACAACUAUUCUAUAAGAAGCACCUGAAGUGUUACCACAAGAUUGAAUGGGAUUCCAGAAUAAUAGAUUGCUUUCUCACAGGGCCGGUGCAUCCAUAAAGUGGCACACCAGCUCUGGGUGCGCAAGAUACGAGUGACCGGCAGGACAGAAGCAAUCAGCGCUCCCCCUAUCAGUCUCUCUGUGUAGCGUGGCUGAGUGGAGCAGACCACGGUACAGGGGCUUCUGAUUUCUGUACCCGGCCGGACUGAGAAAGCACUUCCUCUCAGUCCGUCCCGGUACAGGAAACAGAAGCUCCUGAUUCGCGGUCCACUCCACUCAGCUACGCUACAAAUGAGAUAAUGUGACACACCAGGGAAGGGAGGAACACUAAGGGGUUGGGGUGUGGGUGUACACAAAGGGACACGGAGAGUAAAAGCACCACAAGGGACGGGAGAGGAACACUUAGGGACAGGGAGGAGAAGGGAGAGAUAAACUAAGGGACAGAAAGGGGAGGGGAGAGGAAACCACUAUGGGGAGGGGAGACCACUAAGGGACAAGGAGAGGAGACCACUAAGGAACAGUGAGGGGGAGAGGAGACCACUGAGGGACAGCGAGAGGAGACCAACAAGGGACAGGAAGAGGAGACUACUAAGGGACAGGGAGAAGAGACCACUAAGGGAGGGAGGGAGACUAAUAAGGGACCUGAGGUGAGGGGAGAGGAGACCACUAAGGGACAAGGAAGGAGUGGAAGAGCUCACAAAGAAACAGGGGAAAAGGUGAAAGAGACAUGCAAAGGGGGGGGGGAUAAGAGACACACAAGGGGUGUUGUAAGAGAUACCCAAGGGAGGUGUAAGAAACAAUGGAGAAAAAUAAGGGAUAAGAUACACUAAAGGGGGUAAGACAUUUAAAAGAGGGGAUACAAAACACAAAAGGGGACACAGGUGAAGUGAAGAUGCUUUUUUGGGGGGUGGCAAAAUGCAUCUUCGCCUCUGAACCCAAAACCCCUUGCACCGGCUCUGCUUUCUCAUGAACUCAAUCAGUUUUAUCCUGAUCAGCAGGAGUCAUCAUGUCUGCAAACUAAGCUCCUGAGUAGUUAUUGAAUGCAGUAGUUUGCAAUGUUUAUAUAUCUGUAAAAUGUUGUUGAGAAACUUUUUAGGAUAUAUUCACAAAACAUCCAACUUUUAUAAAUUGAAAACUUAAAUUUAAAUCGCCAAGAUGUGACUAUAGCUAAAUCCAAGUAUAGAAUGUAUUUUCCUUAUCAGCUAUUUUAGCCUUAAUGUUGUAUUUCAAUUACUCUAAGUACGUACGUAUGUACGUACGUACUUUUGAGACCAAGUCAAGAGAUCAGAAGCUACCAACUUUGCCAAGUAGAAGCCCACAAGCAAAUAAGAAAUUGUACACUUUCUCUUAUGACAAUUUCAGUUCCUUCCUAGAGCCAAAAUCCAUAGAGUUUGUGCAUUAUGUAGGACAUGAUUAAUUGGAAUGAACUUAUAUAAAAUAUUUUGAGCUGGUAAAUAGAAUGCAGAUUCUAAACAAGAACGUUUUGAAUGGACAUUCAAUAUUUGUUAUUCUGAGUGGGGCGGAGGAUAAUUCCUCAGGCUUUUUUUCUUCCAGGCCUUCACAUCUCCUUAUUACUGUUAAAAUAUGGGGCUGGGGCAACGAAUCUCAAAACAAAACAACAAAAGUGUAAAACAAUAAAUUCAUAUUUACCAUUUGACGUUUUCAUUUAGUUUUUCUAAUCUUCUUUCUUUUUCCCCUAAAUAGCCAAUGUAAGUGGCUAGGGGCUUGGGGAUCACAAGCCUCCCAGGAGUGCUUAGCUUUAAGGAUCAAUGAGACCAGGUAUCUCCUGUAUACUUGGAGACCCAUAAAUGUUGAAAGGGAUUUAUCCGUUACUAGAAUCAGAACAUAUGUGAGACCAGGCAUCUCCCGUGCCUUGUUUGCCCAUGCAUUUAAAAGGGGAUUAACUUCUGAGGGAGUAGUAUUACCAUUUACCCCUCUGCACAUGCAGUGACAAAUGGAGUAGGGGACACUUGUCCAAGGACACAAUAUUUUUUCAAUUAGAUUUUUAUUUCAAAUUUUAUAGAAAACCUCUCUUUAGUGCAUACAAGUGUCAGCAUAUAUACCUAUUUUAUUUCCACUUUGGAUGAUAAACCAUCUUCUGUUUUUUAAAAAAAUUCUUUAUGUUAUUUGUGCAUAAAGAAUUAACAAUAAGGCAGUCAACAUGUUGGUACAGCGUUUGCAAUAAGUCACGUUUCAUAGUUGUUUCGGAUAACAAUAAGGUUACAUUCUUGUUCUUACAUGAGGUACAAAGUUCGGAGUGUGUCCAAUAUAAUUAUCUUAUUGCACAUUUCUUUGUUUUGUAACGGAUUGAGGUUAACUGGGAAACAGGAUUGUGAGGUCUUACGACUUCUGGAUAUAAAGGGGGGUAUGAGGAUAUUCUCCAUUUCUGUUCUCUGAUGGCGUUGUGUGUUUCUGUCUGGUGAGGCUGUGGGUGGACCGAUCCUAGGUAUCGUUUUGUCAACUGUGCCUCAUGUGCAGUGGUGGUGCGUGCGUCAUAGUGUUGGUGUAUGCAGUCUGCGGCGUCCCCAUCUGGGCCUGGUUGGGUGUUUGGGGUGGGUGCGUGUUGGUGGUGUCGGGCCCGUGGGUGGUCAUCGUCAGCCUCUGGGUUGUGUCUGUGCUUCCGAGUGUGUAUGUGGUGGAGCAUGAGUUGCCUGUGUAUUUUGGUUUGUGGGUGGUUUCGCUGCGAACUUGGUUGGGCUAGUGGGCUUUCGGGGAGGGGGGCGUCGGAGAGUCCCCGUGUACUGUGGUUCGUCUUUUGUAUGUUUUUGUGUGGCCUGCGGGUAUGUGUGCGUACGUUUCGUUCGGUUCUCGUGGGUCAUGGGUUCAUGAUCUUGGUGGGGUGCUGAUAGGCGAGGGAGGUGGGUAAGUGUAUUCUGAGCUGUGGUGGGAUCUUGUAGCCCCCUUUGUCUUAGUCAUUCAGGUUAUUAAUAUUGCAUGAGUCUUCAGCCGUGGGGCGUGGGACUCGUGGAGUGGGGUUCGGUUCUGUGGUUUGGUUGUGGGCCGUGGUGGUGGUUGUGUUAGUAGUUCAGUGGUGGUGGGGGGGCUUCAGGUGUGGGAGGGUGGGGGAGAGGAAGAGAAAGAAGAGAGGGCGAGGGAGAAAGAAAAGGGAGAGAAGAAAAAAAAACAUUUGGGGUUGGGGGGAACGUGUAUUUGUUGUGGUCGGUUGGGCCUUAUGUGUAUAGCUGGUUCCUGUGUGUGUUAUGCGGAGAUUGGGAAUUCGUAGAACCAUGGGUCCCAUAUUUUGUCAAAGUGUUUGGUUGUACCAUUGCGGACCUUUCGUCCAUUUUUAUUGCGUCUGUUAUUUUCUGCCGUAUCAAUUCCAUGGAUGGCGUUUCUGGGCUGCCCCAUUUUUCAGCUAUUGCCCGCCUGGCCCACCUUAUUUUUUUAAUGUUGUUUUUUAGUCAUUAUUAUUUGACACGUGUGGAUAUUUAUUUAUAAAAUAAAGGUACCUAUUGUUUUCUUUCUUGUUCGUUUUAUGUUUAUGUUAGUUUGUACAUUUCACACCCUGUGCGCUCUUUCUAUAGGCAAUAGGUCAUUAUUGAUAGUGCAACCUCUUGUCAUUUUCAGGAAUACAUAUAAUGUUUGCUCUGGUCUAUGUAAUUCCAUAAUUUCCAUCCCGUAAUUUAAAUGAUUUUAUUUGUCCUCUAUUAUUUUCCUUUUCCUCCCUUACCCAAAGCCAUGGGUGGUUGCAUGGGCCCCUUUUAUACAAUUUCUGCACUCUGCCUGCCCAUUCUUUCUCUUUAUAUCCAAUAUUGAAUUCGAUGAGGAUUAAAAAAUAAACAAAAAAACUUCACUGGUAAUAAGAAACAGGGAUUACAUAAGAAUAAUUGCUCAGAAGCAAAGAGUUAAUCAACUUGUAAGAAGAGAAUAAACUGUUUUUUAUUUUCUAACUAUGUUCACCUGUAAUAUCUCCACUGACUACCCAGUUUGAUAAUCACCCUCAUUCUUUACAAUGAAUUUAUGUUGCCUCCCAACAUUUCAGCUUGUAACGAUUUGUUAAAGGUGAUCAGCAUCUGAUUCCUAUACAAUGCACCUUGUUUUUCUUGUAAAUGUUUUAUGAAUCUAAACAUGGGUACAUUGACUGUAAUAACGAUGAAUCUUUCAGAUAUAAUUUAGUGUUCUUUCUUUUUCUUGACUUUCCAUCGUACUCUUACAAAUGAUGUAAAAGAAAAACAAGCUUGACUCAUCACCAAUUAAAAAUGUUAUUUCCAUAAACGCAUCUCUAUUGCCCAUCGCAAAACGCAAGUGAAUAAAUCUUGGUGUUUUAAUUAUGAAUUAAUUACUCUGCCAUUUAUGAGCUACUUUCUGGCAUAAUUAAAUUCCCCUUUGUGAAGCUAAUUAUUGUUUUUGAAAUCUGCUGCCUGUCUUACUCCCUUGUACAGUUUCUUCCAGACAUAGUCAGGCUCCUCAAAGAGAAAACUAAACUGUUUUGGGAGAAAAUAUAUGAAAAGAUUCAUUUUCAAAAUCUAUGGCUUAAAGCAUGAUCAUAAUUAAACUAAUAGCUUUCCCAUCUUUUGUUAUUAUAAAAUCUUUAUUCACACCUAUCCCAGCUUAUCUCACCCCAUUUAAGCUUGACUAUUUACCUGGGAACCUCUGUCUCUCCUUUUCCAGUAAGGAGAGCCAGAAGGUCCUGCUAUGCAGAGCCAGCUCCUUAGCUGAGUGUGUCAGUCGAUUUCUUCAGCCAUUGGUGAAAGCACUGCAUCACCAGAUCUAGUGCAUGCAGGUAGCUUCUUACUGCCGAGAGACAGGGAGCGAUGCCCUAUGGACUACAUGUAAGAAGCCAAUAAAAUUUAAGAAAAUGGUUUGGCUACUUACAAUGUGGAGUGGGGAGAGCAUGGCUCAGUUGGCACUAUAACUAUUAAAGCACAAUGUAGUGUUUACAAUGCUUGGAAUGUUCCUUUAAGAGCAUUCUGCUCUGUACUUUUAUUAUUUAAACUAAAAACUGUUUUGGAAUUAAUGGCAGAUGUUAGUACAGACAUUUAUUUUUAUCCAAUGCAUUUUUCUGUGGUUACUAAUGUGUUCUUGUCCCUGCGGAGACAGGGACAGUGCAAUUCUUUCUACGUAGUAUCUCUCCUGGCAUAACAGUAAAGAGAGAUGGAUGAAUUAAGGACAGCAGCUUCAAAUAGCAGCUGACACUCAAAAAAAGUAAUUUCUACCUAUAUAAGACAGGCAUAAUAUAGGUUACAGAGCUGCCAUAUAUUUAACCCCUUAAGGACCAAUCUUCUGGAAUAAAAGGGAAUCAUGACAUGUCACACAUGUCAUGUGUCCUUAAGAGGUUAAAUAAAUCAUAACCCUAGCCUAACCCUAAUCGUAAACCUAGCCCUAACCUUAAUUUAAUUUAAAAAAAAUGUACAUAUAUGUAUAGCAAACGAUACAUAAUGCUGAACUGUGCAUUAAGGGAAUAUAAGGCCAACUCUAGUUCCUAGAAAAUUUAAACUACAACUGGAAUGUAAGGAUUUAUUAUGAUGUCUUAAUGACAUUAUUUUCCCAAAAUAUGCACAAUCUUUUCAAACGGGAGCUCAUUUGGACAGGGUCCUCUUCACCUGUUAUACAUGUUUAGAUAGAUACAGCCCUGCACAAUUUAUUGCUGCUAUAUAAAUAAUCAUAAUUGUAACACACAUAACAUAAAGCUAAAUAAAACAUUGCAUUUCUUUUCCUUUUAUACAUAAUACAUAAACAUUGAUAUAUACUUUUAUUUUCCUCUAGGUAGAUGUCAUACAUACGUUGAUAACAAAGAAAACUAAAUCAUCAUUUUCAUUUUGAACAAUCAGUUCUCAUAAAACAUAGUUCUGGGCAAAAAUUGUUAGUGUUUAUCCUUCUUUAAAAAGGAACUGUCCCUUCCCUGGAUUUUUUAUACAAUGUUUGAUUAUCCCUAUAUUUAACAAAUAUGUUUUUGUGAGGUGUUAAAAAAAAAUGACAUGUAAAAAUCCACACCUCUUUAUCCUUCAACUAGGUGCCACCAUUUUAACUCCAUUUCAGUUCUGUCCUUUGUACCUGGCAGUUUGCAUAGAGAAAGCAUAUAGAAAAGAGGAUUAAUGGAACAAGGUUUCAAUUUCUCCUGUCCAUUUGCAAUGUUUUUCUUGUCUGAAAUGGAUUAUUUGCUAAAUAUUUAAUGUACAUUUUAAAGAAUACAGAGCAUCUAAUGAAAAAAGGUUAACACAAAAUAUAACUAUUUUAUGUUUUUCAAAACAGGUUUUAUUAAAAAAAAAUAUGGCGCUUCCAGACAACUCAAGCUGUUUCAGACAUGGGGAUGAUUUUCACUCAUUUCCAGAAAUCAUAGAACUCAAUGUUGGUGGGCAGGUUUAUAUCACUCGUUAUCCCACUUUAAUCAGUGUUCCUGGUUCACUUCUGUGGGAUAUGUUUUCUCAGAACAAUUCUCGACCCUUGGCCAGGGACAGCAAAGGACGUUACUUCUUGGAUCGAGAUGGAUUUCUUUUUCGAUAUGUGUUAGACUAUAUGAGGGACCAACAACUGGUUCUUCCCGACCAUUUCCCUGAAAGGAGUAGAUUGCAAAGAGAAGCUGAAUACUUCAAACUUCCAGAAUUGGUCAAAAUAUUGGCACCAAAAGUAAGCAAGCAGAACUCAGUAGGAGAUGAUACAUUUCAAAGUGACUCUGAAGAACAGUCCCCUAAUGCUGAGGUCACCCGGAAUUUGUCUUCUGUGAGUGCGGCUCUUGCUGUUGCAGCUAGUAACUCAUCUGCCAUACCUGACCUUCGCCGCUCUGGGUUUAUUACAAUUGGGUACCGAGGCUCGUAUACACUAGGCAGAGAUAGUCAAACAGAUGCCAAGUUCCGAAGGGUUGCAAGAAUCAUGGUUUGUGGCAAGACCUCAUUGGCCAAGGAAGUAUUUGGGGACACACUGAAUGAGAGCCGGGACCCAGACAGACCACCUGAAAGAUAUACAUCCAGGUACUACCUGAAGUUCACAUUUCUUGAACAGGCUUUUGAUAGGCUAGCUGAUGCUGGAUUUCAUAUGGUUGCCUGUAAUUCUACUGGAACCUGCGCCUUUGCUCACGAGCAAACGGACGACAAGAUUUGGACAUCUUACACUGAAUACGUUUUUUACCGUGAGUGAAAGCACACAAAACCACUAACCUCCCUCCCCACUUCUCCUCUGCUUUUUGCAACUCCUCAUGUAGCAAUAGACUUUAUACCUCCCUCUGUGAUUUUCCAAAGCUGACAGUUAUCCAAAACUUUUCACCUGGUGUCCUUCUGUAGACUCAAAUCCUUUGUUGUUCCAGAAGAAUGUUGUCUUCAGGUUUGCCCAGAAGGAAAAUGUCACAUCUUGCCAAGUCAUCUCCUUCCUCUGCUACUCCCUUCCCUUUUUUUAUUCCUACCUGAUGUAAUAUUGCCACAAAAGUGUAUCUAUACUUUUAUAAUGACUGUUUUUGAUGCAAAAACUUGACCAUUGUAUAUACAUGCAUGUUUAAUAUGGGUAAGUAUAUGGUUACUUGUAAAUGUGUAUAUGAAUUCUAUCAGGUAUGUAUUCACACAUUCUAAAGUCAUCAGUUAAAUAUGUUUUAAAUUAGGGAACAAUCAAAAUUCACGAUUAAACCAUCAACAAAUGUAUAAACUCAUAAUGUUGACUCAAAGAACAAUUUGUAUUUUUUCAUCCAAAAUUUCCUCUACUGUGAAUUGACUCCUGCAUCUUGCUAGGGAAAGCACUUUGCCAAAAAAUGUUUUAUUAUUAUUAUUACUUUUCUUUUUUGCUGCAAUUGCAGGUUUAUUUAGAUUGUAGGUAUAUUACUUAAAGGACCACUAUAAGCACCCAGAACACUUCAGCUCAAUGGAGCAGUCUGGGUGCCAGGUCCAUCUAGUUGUAACCUUUCAGCUGAAAACAUAGCAGUUUCAGGGAAACGGCUGUUUACACUGCAGGGUUAAUCCAGCCUCUAGUGGCUGUCUCACUGACAGCCGCUAGAGGUGCUUCCACGAUUCUCACUGUGAAAAUCACAGUGAGAAGACACUGACGCCCAUAGGAAAGCAUUGAGUAAUGCCUUCCUAUGGGCGGUUUGAAAGUGUGUGCGGCUCUUGCCGCGCAUGCGCAUUCGGCGCUAAUGUCGGCAGGAGGAGGGGAGUUCCCCAGCGCAGAGGGAGCCUGGCGCUGGAGAAAGGUAAGUGGCUGAAGGGGUUUAACCCCUAAGGACUACAUAGUGAAAGGGGUUUGUUUUCCUGGCACUUGUUUUCCUUUAAUAGCAGAUUAAAAAGGAGAUGUAUUGCAAGCAUGAGGGCUCAGAGACAUUUACUCCACUGAACAAAUAUUAGUGACGGAUAAGAAACAAAAAUCUGUUUAUGUGGUUAUAAACUGUAAACACGUCCAUGGAGGAAGUGCUUGGUGACAUAUGAUGGCAGCACAUGCACAAUGACAUUGUCAUGUAUAUCCCAACCAAACAUAAAUACUUUAAUUGCAUUAUAAAAUAACAUUAAGUAUUGAUUAAAGAUACACAGUCUGAAUUUAAAGGGUUUACCCAGUUUAUAAUCAAUACAAAUAGAACGAAAGACAGAUGGACAGACAGACAUGCGAUUUGGUAAAUUAUUCAAAAAUGGAUCCCCUUUGUUCACUCUGGCCAUUAUAUAAUCAUGCUUAUUGUUAGUCAUAAAGGUACCUUGGUGUGAGCUUUCAUGCUCUGAAUCAUUGUAAUAAACUCCACUGUGGCUACAGCACACACACAGAGCUUCGGUACAAUAGCUUUGCCAGUGAUGAGUAGCAGAAUGAUUGAAGCUUCAAGAAGGACACUUGGGAUGUAUAGGUCAUGCGUCCAUUUUCUGGUCAUUAACCACGACAUGAAUUGAAUUUGCAUUCUAAGAUGACUUAAAAUAUAAAACAGAAACCAGCUGUCUUUUCUGCAGCCAUGAAGAUAAAAAAACAUUUGCCAAUAAAAUAGAUGUGAGUUUUUAAUCAGAGUUAGUUGCUAACUUUCAUUACUUCCAAUUAAAAUAUCACUUCAUCACUGCAAGAUUUUCCAAAACUUAAAAAAAACCUUAAAAAUAAACAAAUAAAUAAAUGCACCUUUAAGACGUUCGUUCUGACUAUCCUAUAAUGCAGUGGCGGCUGUUUAACGAUACCUCCUGGAAUAUGACUCUGUCCUCUGACCAGUAGGGCCCUGCUUAUUUAGCCCCAUGUACUCAACUAAUUAAAAGUCAUGUCCAUUUCAACACCAUAAACUUACAGAUACAUACAUUUGCCAAACAACCUCUUUAAGUUAGUCUGACUCUACCCAUUGAUGCUGUUACCCACUGACAGCCUUGAAUACAGGACAAUAUGCAGGCCUGUUUUUUUAGAGUGGCCAGUAACUGUUGACCCACUGCUACCUAAGAAAUAUUAUAAGAGCAGACUAAGCAUGUCUAUACUAAAUGAAUAUCAUGCCUCCCAAAAGACCUGAUUUCAGUGGGACAAUCCUGAUUUUUGGGUCCUGUACUGCAAUCCCUUCUUAGUUUCCUGGUGAACUGCCCACAACAAGCAUAACAGAAGUCAAACAUAUACACAAUAGAACAAUACACUAAUGUGUAUACACAUACAAUAAAAUACUUAUUGUAUAACUGGAACAGCAUAGUCUUCACUUAUCAAUUGUGAAAUGGUUGCAGAAUAAAAAUCUAAAAUAGAUAAAACACAGCAAACAUAGUGUAAACUGUAUAGAUAUAUAGAGUAAUAGAUAUCAUAGUAACACUUACAAUCUGUGGAGCCAUAUCAGGCUCUGUAACGUGCUCCCAAAAUGCCUAUUCAGGCCUAAGAUCCAGGGAAGAAAACUGGAAUGUAAGGGUAAAAUGAAUGGACUAAAGAUUGUAGCAAUGAAAAAAAACACCACAAAAUAAAAUGCACCACUUAGUCCGUAUAAAUGAUAAAUACAGUUUUACAGCAAACGUGUUUUGACUAUAGUAUAAAGUCUUCAUCAGUGCUGAUAAUUGCGACUCCAAACCUUUGCACUUUUAGAAGUUCACUUAAAUCUGCGAAUACAACCCCCAUGGGUUAGGAUCUGACAUCAAUUCCAGAUCUGCUCAUCACUUCUGGUUGAGUGGUCUCUAUGAUGCUAACAUGAAUAUCCAUCCCUCCUCUAUUUCCUAAUUUCUGCUGUAAAACCUAAUGCUGGCUCUUGUCACCAUAUUUCAUGUGCACAGAACGUCCAAAAUAGCCGAGUAUGAUAUAAUGUAAAAAUCAAUACAUGAUGAAACACAGAAGAACGGAUCAAAUAAGAGACAUAUUUCAGAAUGAGUUCUCUUUGCAACAUAAAAACAAUAAUAAUAAUAAACAAUAAUAAAUUAAAUUUAGACGUCAGGUAGAUACGUGAGAAAGGGGCAUCCCUCUAUCAGUGGGGGGAAAAAUUAACAAAAAUGUAGAAUAUAAAUUAUAAAUGAACCACUAUUUAAUAAUGUAGCAUUUCAAAAUCUAGGAGGUGCAAAAAUGUAGAAUAUAAAUGAACCAUUAUAAAAAAUAUACCAUUUCAAAAUCUAAAUGUAAUCCACUGGGUGAUAGAGUGUCCAAUUCAGAUAUCCAUCUACUACUCUACUCUACAUUAAACUUGUCUUCAACCAUACCGUUUUUUUCUUUUUGUAUAUGACCAUAAAGCCUAACUAGGAGGGAUGAAAAAGGGCUGAAAUACAGUGUUUAGGAUACCUCCUCUGAAUGUUCCCUAUGUGUUCCAAUAUGCUGGUGUUGAGACUACUACUAGUAGUCAUCCCCAUAUCUUGCAAACCACAGGGACACCAGAGAAAGUAUAUAACAUUAGAAUAAAGGCGUAUUAAGCCUCGUUGACUUUGUAUUUCUUUUUUGUAGAAUUAGAUGAAAACUGUCUCUGUUUUAAAUUAUUUUUAAAUUAUUAGUUUUUCUAAGUAGGAUUCUUAAAGGGAGAUCCAAACCCCACUCCAGAUGAUAGGGAAGGAUGUCAAGUAGUGUUUCAGGAAUAAUAAAAUACUUUAAAUUUCUAUAAAAGUAAAUAAUUUAUUCCAAAACAGGUCAGAUAAAAAACAAAAGCAUCAUCAAAAGUCCAAUAGUCACCAAAACGUGUUUCACCUAAUAGGCUUCCUCAGUUGGUGUAUUGCUCCUUUUCCCUCCUGAUUCUAAGGAUGCCAGUAUACUAAAUUUUGAUGUUAUGACAUCAUUUUAUUUUGUUUCAAUAAAUGCUUUGGGAGCAUAGGGCACCAUCCCUGCCCCUAUGAACCAGCACACGCUGCUAUAAUGCUAUAUGUUCUUCUGAAGGCAUGUCAUUGAAGUGGUCUGUGUGCUGUGCCUCUGUAUGUUUAACCCUGAUAAAUGUUUAUAUUGCAGGGUUAACUCCACCAUUACUGGUUGUCUUUCUGACAGUAACUAGAGGCACUUCCUGUUUCCUAAUGGAAUUUUACUCCUUUAAACAACGUUAGACACCCUCAUGCAAAUUCCCCAUAGGAAAGCAUUCACCUAAUGCGUUCCUAUGGGGAAGCUUUAAUGUGUGCACGGUGACAUCCAACAAUCGUGUGUCAUCCCAGAAGGAGGAGACUUAGCCAUUAAAGAACUAAGGUAAAUAUAAAAGUUUUUAACCCUUUACAUGUCAGUUGGGGAAAGGGACACUAUUGUAUUUGGAAUAUAGGUUUGUAUUUCUAAUACUAUAGUGUUCCUUUAAUUCUAAAUCCCCUAACAACAAUUAUUUGAUAUGCAUGGGCCGCGUUCUGUCCUGUCUAGAUCUUGAUCACACCUUACAAGAACUGUCCAUGCAAAUGCUCUAAUUUAGGCCAGGCGGGUGAAUGUGCGUUGAAAUCCCAGCUCUAGCUCUGAGCAUUAUUCAUCAGCAAUAUCAUAUACGUGGCAAAUCACAGGCAUGUGUUAUCACCCUUCAUAUCAUCUGUGAUUUCCUUCAAAACAACCAGAAGGAUUAUUCGGUGGUCACCUACAGAUUGACUCCUUGAGGACACGGUCCUAUAAUAAUGUUUACUCUAGUGUGCUAGGAAACACUACAAUAUCUUUGUUACAUUUCUUAUUCUUCAAUAUUUGCUCUUCAUGUAACAAUAUGGGGUUCGCAUAUUUUUUUACAAUUUUUUUGUGUUUAUUAAGCCGGUUUUGCAUGUUACAGUCACUUGAAAAAGUCCGAGACGUAAAUAUAACAAUCAGCAACAUAGCUUUCUUGAUUUAUAAAGUCAUGAUCCUUUCAUUUUCAUUUUUGGCUUUAUUGCAUUAACAAUAUAGUAAAUGCUCAGUAAUUCAUGAUGACAUAACAUUAAAGAAUUCACUAAUUCCUUUGACCCAGAUUAUUCUAAGGGAUAAAUAGCAGGAGUGAGCAAUCAUGAGUUUAUGAAGCACAAUUCUCCAUAUAGUAACACGUUAUUAACCAAAAACUGUCUCCAAAAUAAAACGACAUUUAGUCUGUUGUGCCAUAAUUCCCACUCCAAAUGAAUCAAUAAAAAUACAACAUUUUUAGAUGUGAUGCUGCUUCAUAGUUGUGGUGGGUAGGUGGUUUCUGUACUAGCAAUUGAGUCCCGAUACAUGCUUCAUUUUGCCAUUACAGGAGCAUUUUCAGGCUAAAUGUUUAGGUUUCACAAAAGAAAAUGACAUACUAUUAAGUUCUUUAUUUUGCAGUCAGUUUGUCAAGCCAGCCUGUGCAUAAUUCAUAAAAUAAUUCAAGCAGAGGAAUGGUGUAUGGAUGGUGCAUGUGUGUGGGGGUGGAGGGGCCGGGGAAGGGUAGAGUUAUAUAGAAUUGCUUUUUGUGUGACCAUAUCCUGUAGUGUUAAACGGUUUUCAAACAGACAGCGGAAUUAUGAAGAUAGAAAAUCCAAGGGACAUUUUAUUUUAGGAGAGUGAGUGGGGCUGUUGCAAUUCUGAGAUGUGUUAAGCAACCUAACAGUAAUUUAUGUAUCACAUUUGCAUACAUACUGAUUUCUAAAAACAUUUAUUGUAGAUUAAAGGCACAUUACUGGGAUUCCUAUUGCUGUGAAGCUGCAUUAUACACUCAGACACACCAACAAUAUGGACAUUAGGAUAGAAAAAGGGAUUGAGGAAUUUGAGCAGAUAAUAGGGACUCCUUCUCCAAAAUAGGGACUCUUGGGAGGUAUGUACACGUAUAAAUAUGCAUUUAUAUAUUGUUGCACACAAAAGUAAAAGGGAAUUAUUUUUCAUUUAAUGCUUUCUGUAUUCAAGCAAUAUAUCAGACUCUUGCUAUUCUAGCUACAGGAGGUGCGAGGCAUGUGCUGCCUGUUGCAUCACCCUUUAGUCACAAAACUCUUGCAUGAUACAGCCAUAGGGACUCAGUGCUAUGAAGAUUUAUUGUUACUAAGCUUCUGGUUGAUACUGUAAUUACUGCAGGCGAAAGCACAAAUUCAUUUACACCAUCAGCUCCUCCAAUAUGUUAUUCUUUAGAAUGAGGCAAACAACCUUCUAGAAUGUUAUGUAAUGAUUCCCUGCCUUCCAACCAAGCCCAAAUUAAAGUGGCACUGUUACAAAAUUACAAAUUGGAGGUGUUAUUUCGCUCUCUAUAUUACAGAGGACGUGGGCCUAACAAUGAAAUGGUACCACAGUUAGAUAUUGGGCUUUACAGGACCCAGGGUCUCCUGUACCUGCUAGCCAACCCCCCACCCAGCAAUGUCCCUGCUUGAUGGCCUGUGAUAGCUGUGAGCCUAUCUGUCAUUUUAAAAUAUUACAUUUUGACAACUUGGGGAAGCAUACUAAGAGAGAUCUGUAGUCAGUGAAGACACCAGUCUUUUAAUUUAAAAAGGAAAACCGACUCCUUCAUUUGCCUCGACUGUCACUGAAGAUACGGACAUGUGGAGGACAAAACAUGCAUAAAUGGUCGGCAAAGUUUGCACAGGCUCAGGUAUAUAAACUUAGGUUCAUAAUAAUUAUAUACUUUAUAUAAUGAGGUAGAGGCAGGCAAUAUCUACCUACACUGUUUCAAUAAAAAUACAUGAUAGGUAAACAGUGGGGCAAUAACUCCCACUGUAGUUCCAUCAGUGCAGUAGCCAAAACCAGAAAAAUUGGAGAAAUGCACAACUGGUAAAGUGAACACCCAGGUGCUACCAUAUUUAUUUGAAAGACAACAUACAAGUUGCAAAUGUUUUGGGCUGUGGCCCUUUGUCAAUGCUAUAAUGAUAAUUAUAUAUUUGGCAGUAUUCCCAGUCUUCUUUUUCUAUUCUGAAAACUGAGGACUAGCAUCUAGCACAUGGUUUAACAUGUAUGAUUUAUUUAUAAUCAAUUAUUAUCAGUUUAUAUUAUGUGGAAUGAAGUGUUCUUUUUACUAAAACUGGAAAAGUCUACUUAUGAAAUGAUGUUGUGUUGACCUUUAAGGGGCAUGUUAAUAUUCACUUAUUAUCCUAAAUCCCUGGUUAAUCCCUGUAUGGGAAAAUCCUGUUCUUUUAAACAAAUGAAAUGUGGUGGGGGUGUAACUAAAUAACACACGCAUUCUUAGAUGCACUCAACGCAGAAUGGGGCAAACAAAAUAGUAAAUGACACAGUACACUUGUAUAGAAAUUAUUACUGUAGAGUUUCAAGCAGGAAAAAAAAAAUAUAAAAAAAAUCUAGACAAUGAAUCAAACUGAAAAUUACAGGAGCCUUUGUAUUAGUGAUGUAGAAAAGAGAUAAACCGUGAAAAAUGCUGCAUAAUUAGAAACAACUGGAGCUUCAUAACAUUGAUAAAAAAAAUAUGCACUCAACGGCCUUAACUGUAGAACUGGUUAUGUGUACUAAUUCAUCAGGGGCUGGAACCCUAUUACGAUGGUGCCCCUUUUCUUUGUAUAUCAGGUCCACCAUAUUGUAAUUGUAAAGCCAUUGCUCUGUGUCUGUUACUAAUCAAUCUGUAUGUCCCAGCCAACCCCUAUGUGUCUCCUAUCCAACUGUCAACUACCUCGAUGUUUUGCCACCACCUUUGGGUGUCUGUCACCCAUCCCACUAUGUGUCUCUCAUUCAUCCCCUAUCACUCAAAUACCCUAGAACUCUCUAUGUGUCCUCUAUCCUCCUUUCUAUGUUUUGUCAGCUUUCUGACUUUCCUGAUAUUACCGUAAAUCUCUCAGUUAAUUUCAGGUUUCUCAUACAGCAUUUUUCAUUUCAACCUACUUGUCUAUUAACCAAUAAUCAGUGUCUCUCAGCAGCCCCAUGUACCUCUCACAUUUUCCCAAGCUCCUAGGCCCAUUUGGAAUUUUGAGUCUGAACUUAAGCCUAUGUUCACGAGACCCCCAUUGUAAUAUUAUGUCCCCAGAAUACAAAGAUCUCCUCUAUAUAGCUGUGGGUCAUUGGACCUUGGAAGACACUGGGCUUCUCUCAAUGACUGCUGGACACAUAACAAAGUAACGAUGCAGGGAGUAGUUCUAAAAGGCAAAUUCACACUCUGUCACAAUAUUUUGCUUAUAUCCAUUUUCCUUAGCCUAACUAUCUGUUGCUUUCACAUCUGCUCUCUGUUUCCUAGAUCCUUCAGUGAUUUCCCAUGAUCUCUGAUCUCUUUGUUUCCCUUGCUUAUUUCCAUCUGUGUCCCCAUAUUUUUCCCCUAGCCUGAUAGACUCCCAAUGUCCUCAGUCCUAUAUUACUUAACAACCCAUGUACUGAUAACUCCCUACUCCAUUUGGUGCCUUCUCUCUCCACACCAGCUUUACUCAACUGAUCUCUCUCAUUAUGCUCAUUAACACCUUUAAUGGCCAUGUCUAUCCAUCUUUUCCCACAUGUACUCUGUCCUCUACCAAUAAUAUUGUCUCCAGUAUUCUCUUACUCCUGUGUACAUUGAUUUCUGGCAAUUUUUCUGGCCAUUUUUCUGGCCAAUUUUACCCCUCACCUCUCUAUACUCUCACCUAUCUUCCCCUGCAUUCCCCCCACAUUUUUUACCUUUUCCUAUGUCUCUGUUCGACUGCUUAACUGACCAAUGCUUCACCACAUAUCACCUGGUUCAUCAUUCCUCUGUCUCUUGGGGUUUCCCCUACACCACCUCUGAUCCUUGGUCACUCACACUUUUUGACAUCUGAUCUAUCCAUCUUCACUAUCUGUGCUUCAUGUCUAUUAAACAUCCUCCACCAACAUCCCUGCUGUCCAUCUUCUCUCACCAACAUUUCUGUUCUGUCCAUCCUCCUCCACCAAUAUCCCCUGGUCUAUCCAUCCUCCCUCAACAACAUCCCUGGUCUGUCCAUCCUCCAUCACGAACAUCCCUGGCCUGUCCAUCCUCAAUCACAAACAUCCUUGGUCUGUCCAUCAUCCACCACCAACAUCCCUGGUCUUUCCACCCUCCCUCAGCACAAUCCCUGGUCUGUCCAUCCUCCAUCACAAACAUCCUUGGUCUGUCCAUCAUCCACCACCAACAUCCCUGGUCUUUCCACCAUCCCUCAGCACAAUCCCUGGUCUGUCCAUCCUCCAUCACAAACAUCCCUGGUCUGUCCAUUUUCCCUCAGGAACAUCCCUGGUCUGUCCAUCCUCCCUCAGCACAAUCCUUCGAUUUCUCAUCAUCCCUCAGCAAAAUCCCUGGUCUGUCCAUCCUCCCUCAGCAACAUCCUUGGUCUGUGUAUCCAUCCUCUACAAUAUCCUCUGUUCUGUCCAACCUCCCUCAGCACAAUCCCUUGGUCUGUCCAUCUUUCCUCAGCAACAUCCCCUGGUCUGUAUCUUGUCUACUCAACUUAUGUAGUGUUCAACUCCUUUAAACUAUUCAGUCUCUGUUUCUGCCUUUAUCCACUCUGUUUUCUCUGGUUUCUUUUUCCCUUUCAACGCUUUCCCAUUGAGCCCUCACAAAGGACCAAUAGAAACCCAUUCCCACAUCUUAAGUAUAUUCACUCCCCACCAGCGAGGUCAAUAGUUAUUAAGGCUGUGACCAGCUGCUCCAUUAAAGGGUUACUCAAGCUCUAUGAUCAGUGACAUGUGGUGGUCAUGGUGGCUUAUUUCUGUAUGAGCAGUGUUUUUGCUAUGAAAUACUGCACAUACAGAGUUUAACUCCUUCCUCCAGCAGCGUUAUUGGGUUGUCAUUAGAAAACCCGAAACAAGAGUUCCAGGUGGCCAAAUGUCAAUUCUGUACAUAUUUCUAUUUAUUCACAGAGUUGCAGUCAUUAGCUGAUAGUGGUCAGCUGAUGUUCUCAGCCAAUGAAUGGCUGGUGUGUUUGGCAACCAGCUUUUGCAGCUCUGCAGUAGCUGGAUGCAUGUCACAGGCCAUAGAAGACUCUUAGCUCCCUGCAUGGACACAGGUAAGAGGGAAAACCUUUGCAAAAUGGUUUGCUUCUUUAUCGGGAAAUAGCAACAUGCUAUUCUUGACAUCAUAGCCACUACAUGUUAUUGAUUUUUUUGAUUGGGUAACUAAAAUUAUAGGUCAGGGUGGUGCAGUAGACAUUGCUUACCUAGAUUUCAGUAAGGCUUUUGACACUGUUGCACAUAGAAGGCUUAUCAAUAAACUACAAUCUUUAAGUUUGUAUUCCAAUAUUGUUGAAUGGGUAAUGGGUAGUGGCUGAGUGACAGGCAACAGAGGGUUAAUGGAAUAUAUUCGAAGCUUGGACUUGUCACCAGUGGGGUACCUCAGGGAUCUGUACUUGGACCCAUUCUCUUUAAUAUUUUUAUUAGUGAUAUUGCAGAAGGUCUUGAUGGUAAGGUAUGUCUUUUUGCUGAUGAUACUAAGAUAUGUAACAGGGUUGAUGUUCCAGGAGGGAUAAGCCAAAUGACAAAUGAUUUAGGUAAACUAGAAAAAUGGUCAGAAUUGUGGCAACUGACAUUUAAUGUGGAUAAGUGCAAGAUAAUGCAUCUUGGACGUAAAAACCCAAGGGCAGAGUACAGAAUAUUUGAUAGAGUUCUAACCUCAACAUAUGAGGAAAGGGAUUUAGGGGUGAUUAUUUCUGAUGACUUAAAGGUAGGCAGACAAUGUAAUAGAGCAGCAGGAAAUGCUAGCAGAAUGCUUGGUUGUAUAGGGAGAGGUAUUAGCAGUAGAAAGAGGGAAGUGCUCAUGCCAUUGUACAGAACACUGGUGAGACCUCACUUGGAGUAUUGUACACAGUACUGGAGACCGUAUCUUCAGAAGGAUAUUGAUACCUUAGAGAGGGUUCAGAGAAGGGCUACUAAACUGGUUCAUGGAUUGCGGGAUAAAACUUACCAGGAAAGGUUAAAGGAUCUUAACAUGUAUAGCUUGGAGGAAAGACGAGACAGGGGGGAUAUGAUAGAAACAUUUAAAUACAUAAAGGGAAUCAACACAGUAAAAGAGGAGACUAUAUUUAAAAGAAGAAAAACUACCACAACAAGAGGACAUAGUCUUAAAUUAGAGGGACAAAGGUUUAAAAAUAAUAUCAGGAAGUAUUACUUUACUGAGAGGGUAGUGGAUGCAUGGAAUAGCCUUCCAGCUGAAGUGGUAGAGGUUAACACAGUAAAGGAGUUUAAGCAUGCAUGGAAUAGGCAUAAGGCUAUCCUAACUUUAAGAUAAGGCCAGGGACUAAUGAAAGUAUUUAGAAAAUUGGGCAGACUAGAUGGGCCGAAUGGUUCUUAUCUGCAGUCACAUUCUAUGUUUCUAUGUUUCUAUGUUACAUGCUGCUGUAGUGGUUAUGAUGCUUGGAGUAACCCUUAAAGCCCUUUUCAAGUCUCCUGACGGAUGAUGGUGAAAACAUUCUAGGUUGGACUAGGGAAAAGUUUUAGUUUAUCCUAGGAAUAUCAUAACAAACUCUAUAAGAGAUCUUCUGCAGCUUAUUACUUUUUCAGAUAGCAUUCUCAACAAUCAGAAUGUUGGUUUCAGAAUGUUUUAUUUCACAUAAUGGGAAGCCUUGAGAUUGUUUUGCAUAUCUUCCUAAAGAGGCAGUCCUGCAGAACCAUCCUCCUUAUCACCUUCCAAAUGGAGCCGACAUUGGACGUUCCCUCACACAGACCCACUUUAUUUUUACACCAUUGUCAUUAAGCCCAUUUAGACCAUAUCACAAAACCCCGGGAUUUAAGGAGUUAAAGCAGUGCAUUCAAGGAAGUAUUUAUUCUACGUGGAGAACACUUUAACUGGUAAAAUGCCUUGUCGUUUCAUAAAUGGUUUUCUACAUGUCCUGGAAAAUGAUUCAGCAAUCUCUGGACUUUAACUAAACCUACUGAAAUCAAAGAGUCUCUCAAAAAUGUAAAUCCACAGUAACUACACCAGAACUGAAUAUUUUUUUUCAAACACAAUCAUCUCAUUUUAAACUUGAGAAAUAUAUAUAUUUGAGCCCUGUCUGACUUUAACCAUCUCAUCUAUAACCCCAAGUUGUAAAGCAUACCAUGCAAAGAUUGUGUGACCUCUAUCAAUAUAAACAUGUGUCCUUGCUUUAUUUUUUCCAGGAGCUCCCGAUUUCACUAUAUAGCCUUGAAUUUGAUCUUUUUAUCUAACAGACUUAAUCUUUCAAGUUCACAGUGAAUUUUUAAUUUCAAAUACAAAUUGUAAACAUCUUCCAUUGAAACUGGAUUUUGGUGUGGCAAUUUUUGCCUAAAAUUUUAUAUUUAUUUUGAGUUCAUGACAAUUCACACUCAAAGGGUUACUCCAAUUCUUUUUACAUCUUCCAGCGUUCAAUGUGUGCUAAUGACAGAUGUAAAACAUACAGGAAAUUGACAUUAAGCAGCCUGAAACAGAGUUCCAUUCUGCCUAAGUCACGCGUGCCGAUGGAAAUCUAGCCUCUGAUACAAAAGUGAAAAUUACUCAGUAUGUGCAGUGUUUCAAGCUGAAAUACUGCACAUACAUAAUCCUACUACCAUGUUCACUUCAAAUCACUGAAGUGGUCAUGGUGGUUGGAGUAACCCUUUAAGCGAAUUUCUUUGAGUAACUGGAGACCAGGAUCUGCUGGUCAACUUUUUAUGUGCAAUGUAAGGCUAGUGGUGUUUGUCCUCCACACUUCCUGCUCUGGCAGUUAUCCCAACUACAACAUAUGCUACCCCCAGGCAAAGGUAAUGAAUAGAUCAGAAACUGAACAUUUUUGGGUAAAACUAUACAGCAGGAACUUGCAGGCCAGCUCACCUCUUAUCCUCUUAUUCAGAGACUUGUGAUGGAAAUACCACUCCAGCCCUGAAAAGUUAAACCAUCCGAGAACAAACCUAUGUGCAUGCAUCAGUAACAGGUUGAUCAUUAAAGAAAUAUUAAAAGCCAUGGACUGGACAUUAGGACUUUUAAGGGUAAAACCCUGUUGGCACCUGAAGUGUUAACUCUGGUGAUCACAGAUUGACAUGAACAACAAGGACUUAACAUUAGGUGGGAAGAAGGCUGUUAUGAGUACUAUAUCUGAUGUUGCAUGACAGAAAGAGUUCAUUGUGUGCCUUUGUUUACGGUUUAAAAUGCAAUGGUAAUGGUUCUCUGACCGAGUAACUGUGGUCAGUGCGGUCAACCAUGAAUGCACCGUUCUCUGCAGAGCAUCUGGGCACAAAUGUAUAGCACUAUCCAGCUGGGAAGCACCAAUAAUAUCGAGAGUACCCUGAUGCGUUUCACUCUGACACGUGGUGACCAGAAUACUUGUCCUUUACAGCUUUGCUAACUAAGGGCAUAAUCUAUACAGUGGUGUCUUUGUAUUUAUUAAGCCCCUCUCCACUAUGGAGACCACCCCUUUCUUUGAUUACCCCUAGUAUGCCCCUAGUAUACACAUAGGAACUUGCUAAACCAGGCUGCCCACUCUCGCCUCUAAUUUAUCUUGCAGUUACAAUCAUCUGUUUGAUGAUUUAAAAUAAAAAUUUAAAUUCUUUAGUUUUUGAGCAUAGGCUUUCCUUAGAAAUACAUUGUUUCCACUUAUAUUCAUUUCCAGACUGUUUUCCUACUGUGAGUACUAAGGUAUCUGCCAUUAUUGCUAUGUCUUCUCAAAUAACUCCUACAUACCUUUCAUGAGGUGCCCUAUGAACAUUUAACUAAUUUCACCACAUUCACUUCCAUCACAGCGCAAUUAGCCUUGUACAACCUAUACAAUGUAAGCACACCUGUUUCGGUACAUCUAUCCAAUAUAGUAAGACAUCCACACUUCACUAUCCUGAUUCCUGAUCAAUCAUCAUUCACAGGUUUUGCUCAAUUAUUUCUUAGCAGUGAUGAAGGACCUCAGGGCACUUUCUGAUUUGAAAAUUGUAAGGAUACCUAUGAACUGGUUUUUACUUUUAUUCCAUUUGUGUCAACCAUAAUAAGUAGAAAUAGAAGAGAAGUCCAGGCACUCUCAGGAUACGAAAAGGCAAAUUUAUUGAACCCACUGCAAAGUUUCGACCUACAUCGUCUUUGUGAAGCCGUGUAGGUCGAAACGUUGCAGUGGGUUCAAUAAAUGUGCCUUUUUGUAUCCUGAGAGUGCCUGGACUUCUCUUCUAUUUCUGUGUGAUAACAGCUUUUUGAUCAAAGGAUGAAAUCAGAAAACUAUUUGGAGUCAAGAAUUAUUUUUAUCCCCAAUUUUGUUGCACACUGAAAAAUCACUUCAAAUUGGUUUUUUUCAUCUUCUUUUGGAUUAAUUUUAGAAUAAAAUGUAAGACUUGUUAAAUGUUUUGUUUUGAACUUGUGCCUUUUAAAAAAAAUAAUUUUUCAUCCCACCUGCCACAUUUGCCAAAGUUUGAGAGGGAUAGUUUGCAGGUGAAAGUAACAAAUGGCAACAGAUUGCAGGUCCUUAGAGUAGCUGGGAUUAAAGAAAAAUCCUCCAAAAUGUAAGAAGCAAAGUCAUAAAAAAAUAACAAACCAUAAAAUAUCUCUUCUAACAUAGGCUGGGGAUCCAAAGAAGAAACAAAUAAUGAAAAAAACAGAGGUUGUGGAUAACAGAAAUAUAGGUGAGGCAGAACUAAGCUUAGCAUUACCAAGAGCAGGAGCACUGUAAAUCGUGUUAGACAUUUGUCCUUACACAAGUAAAACACUCAAAUAAUAUAAUAAAGACUCGUCAGGGCUUUAGGAAUGACAAAAAGUCUUUAAACAUGCUGUGUUCCUGAUUUAUAUACUCUGAGGAUGUAACCCUGACCACCUAUAAACCAUGGCAGUUUAAGAGCACACGAGGUUGCCAUCAUAACACUUGAGGCACUUUACAAACCCAGUGGACCAGACAUUACUCUAUCCAUCAGAAAAAAAUAAUCAAAAAAGGUAUAUACAUUUCCUAUCUUUUUACAUAUGUGUUUUAAUUACAUGGUGGUAUAUAGAUCACAGUUAAUUUAUGCUUCUCUUGUAAGUGCGCUGUCCACCAGGAGGUGUGUUUUUUUCUGAUAUUUAAAGUGUGAAGUUUAGUGAUUGAUUUCCCAGUGGAUUUUUAGCUGCACUCAUUUAACACUUUUUAAUUAAGUGCCAGUAUACCACACUUUUGUGUUAUUUUCAGUAUUACUCUAUGCUGGAAAUAAAUAGGGGCAGUCUGAACCAUGUGGUUCCAUGAUAUACCACAUAGUUUUAUCGGGCCCAUGCAGGCCACAAGUCAUGGCUGGGCUACUUAGCAGAACACUGGCUGUACCAUUCUGAUGUUGGUCCUGGGAGUGAGCUGAGCAGCAUGGUACAUUUAAGCAAAUACUUGGAUGCUCUUGGGUUCAGUAUUCAUGACACACUGCCAUACAGAUGUGGCCAGUGCCACAGCACUUUCAGAUUAUAACUUCAGAUGACUUAUCCUCAAGUUUCACUCUGUCAACGUCAGGUAUCCCAUUGGGGCUGAAAACAACCUUCAGGUAAAAUUUGGAGUUUUGAAUAUAGAGUAAGUCUUUCUGGUUCUGCAAUCCCAAUGCUCCUUUUUAACUUUCCGUAAUGAUGUAUUUCAUGAUCUACGAGAUGUUUUAUUGCAUUUUCAAAUAUUAACACUUCAAAGCACUAUGAUCAAGAGGUUAGAAAUACAUGCAUUAUUUACAGGGAUAUUCUAAGCACCAAAUAAACUUCAGCUUAAAGCAGAUCUGUCAACAGCUCGAUUCCUUAGCUAUCAUGAAGCCCCCUAACCAUUCUAGACCCUGGGAACAGACUCACCAUUGUAUAUGGUUUUCUGGUCCAUCAGGGCCAACCAAGAAGAAGCCACCAUCUUAAAGUUGUAAGAUGUUGGCUCCAUAAAAUAUUGUUAUCUGCCCAAAGAUAGGUGUGUGCAUCAAAUCGAGCACUUGUUCAGUUCACCAAUAACACAUUGAGAAUCAGUGACCCGCUGCUUUAGGAAGUGAUGUGGCAUAGAAAGGAGGUGAGUAUGGAAUCUGAUGGCCAAUGAAAACAUUGUCAAAGGCCAUGGAGCUCAAAGGGAUACUAUAGUCACCAGAACAACUACAGCUUAAUGUAGUUGUUCUGGUGAGUAUAGUCAGUCUUUGCAGGCUUUUUAAUGUAAGCACUGCCUUUUCAAAGAUGCUUCCUUGGGCAGUGCUAUACAGUGUGCAGCACUGACAUUCAGUACCUCCACCCUCUGCAUGGAGACACUGAACUUUCCUUAUUGAGAUGCAUUUAUAGAGAUGCUAACCGCCUAAAUGGUGGUUUUACCACUAUAGGAUCAAGAACACAUGUUUGUGUUUCUGACCCUAUAGUGUUUCUUUAAUUAAAGCAACACCCUAAAUUAACCCAAAGUUAGAAACAAACAUACAUAUCUGCUUUAAUGAAACUGUUUAGGGCAGUGGCGUACAUACCAGGGUCGCAGGGGUCGCGGCUGCGACCGGGCCCGGCCCACCAGGGGGCCCGGCCACCCCUGCGACCCGGUAUGUACCCACAGGGCCAGCCUCUUCCACUGGGGGGCCCAGGAGCCGGCCACCCCAGGGCCCCCCGAGGCUGGCCCUGCUGUCACACACACACUCCUGGGCGGGUGGCCGGUCGGGCAGGCAGGCGGGUGGCCGGUCGGGCAGGCAGGCAGGCGGGCAGGCGCGCGAGGGAGCACUCAGUGCUUCCUCUUCAGCUCCCUCGCGCACCGCACUGAUUCCGGAGCCGGAAGAUGACGUCAUCUUCCGGCGCCGGCAUCCCUACGCGGCACGCGAGGGAGCUGAAGAGGAAGCACUGAGUGCUCCCUCGCGCGCCUGCCUGCCUGCCUGCCCGACCGGCCACCCGCCCAGGAGCCCAGCAGCACCACUGGACCCCAGGGAAUCCCCCCAGCACUCCAAAAGGUAAGGAGGCUGGGGGGAUUACAUUUAAAAAACAAACAAAAACGUGUUAGUGUUUGAGUGUGUGUGAGUGUUAGAGUGAGUGUUAGAGUGAGUGUGAGUGUUAGAGUGAGUGUUAGAGUGAGUGUUAGUGUGAGUGUUAGAGUGAGUGUUAGUGUGAGUGUGAGUGUUAGAGUGAGUGUUAGUGUUAGAGUGAGUGUUAGAGUGAGAGUGAGUGUUAGAGUGAGUGUUAGUGUUAGUGUUAGAGUGAGUGUUAGAGUGAGUGUUAGAGUGAGAGUGAGUGUUAGAGUGAGAGUGAGUGUUAGAGUGAGUGUUAGUGUGAGUGUUAGUGUGAGUGUUAGUGUGUUAGUGUUAGAGUGAGUGUUAGAGUGAGAGUGAGUGUUAGAGUGAGUGUUAGAGUGAGUGUUAGAGUGAGAGUGAGUGUUAGAGUGAGUGUUAGAGUGAGUGUUAGUGUGUGUGUCUUAGUGAGUCUGUUUGAUGUCUGUUAGUGAGUGUGUGUUUGUCAAUGAGAGUGUAUGUUUUGUAAGUGAGUGUGUGUGUGUAUGUAUGUCUGUCGCUGAGUGUGUCUCUGUUAGCUAGUGUGUAUGCGUCUGUAAGUGAGAGUGUGUGUCUUCAGCACUUACCUUUCUCCAGCGCCGGACUCCCUUGGCGCUGGGGAUCCCUCAGCCUCUCAGCUCCGAAUGAGACCGCGCACGCAUUCAAACCGCCCAUAGGAAAGCAUUACUCAAUGCUUUCCUAUGGACGUUCAGUGUGCUCCUCUAGCGGCUGUCAGUGAGACAGCCACUUGAGGCUGGAUUAACCCUCAGUGAAACAUAGCAGUUUCUCUGAAACUGCUAUGUUUUCAGCUGCAGGGUUAAAACUAGAGGGACCUGACACCCAGACAACUUCAUUGAGCUGAUGAGAUCUGGGUGUCUGUAGUGGUCCUUUAAAGGACCACUAUAGUGCCAGGAAAACAUACUCGUUUUCCUGGCACUAUAGUGCCCUGAGGGUGCCCCCACCCUCAGGGACCCCCUCCCGCCCGGCUCUGGAAAGGGGAAAAGGGGUAAAACACCUUUUUCCAGCGCUGGUGGAGAGCUCUCCUCCUCCGAUCCUCCUCUUCUCCUCCCGUCGGCUGUAUGUACGCACGGCAAGAGCUGCUGCGCAUUCAACAGAUCACAUGAAAGCAUUCAUAAUGCUUUCUAUGGACGCUGCGUGCUCUGACUGUGAAAAUCACAGUGAGAAGCACGCAAGCGCCUCUAGUGGCUGUCAAUGAGACAGCCACUAGAGGAAUAGAAGGCUUAACCCAUUCAUAAACAUAGCAGUUUCUCUGAAACUGCUAUGUUUAUGAAAAAAUGGGUUACCCUAGCUGGACCUGGCACCCAGACCACUUCAUUAAGCUGAAGUGGUCUGGGUGCCUAGAGUGGUCCUUUAAGUGUGUGUGCAUCUGCAUGCACUGGUGUACAUACCGCGGUCGCAGGGGUCGCAGCCCUGUAACCCCUGCGACCAGGUGCCCACCGCCAUGUGUUGCGGCCCGGCCCGCGCGCCGGGGGGGACCCAUGGAUCAAUUUUCGCACCAGGGCCUCAUGGGUCAUGUGUACGCCACUGGUUUAGGGGUAAAGUUGAUGUACCUGCUGUUUUGCUGCUAAAUUCUUUGAACAUCACUUUGAAUUGUUUUUUUGGUAAACAACCCUGUUAAUGUAGAUAGCGUUCACUUGUGCAGUAAACGGCCACACACUGUAUAUAACCGAGGGAAGAAGCUUGUAAAGCACCAGAAGCACAAUUAAUUCUAAAUCAGUGAGUUCAAGUUGGUGUAAGUCGCACUGCAGUAACAGCUAGGCAUUUUUUUAAAUUCACCAGAUGAUGACUGGAGUGCUAACUACUUCUGUCAACUACUGGUACUAUCCUCACCAUCCCCCUGCUCUGUCUGAGGGUGGUGGUAGUAGUAGCAGAGGAAAUAGUACUGCCAGUCGAUCAGUGGAUGUGCUGCAUGCAGUAGUAUUUUAUUGUUCAGCUUCUUCCCCCAGUAAUGCAAACUCAAGGUGUCUUUGCAGAUGUUGCUUAUACCGGCACUGAAACCCUUCACUCGGCCCCUACUCCCAUUCUUGCCGCACAAUUUACAUUUUGCAAGUCAGCCUUCUUGGAUGCAUUCAGAGUGAUCUCAAAGUUUGCUUCAUUGGUGCAAUACAGUAACCUAUAAUCCAAGCCCAGGCUGGCCAUUGGGCAUACCGUGCAAAUGCCUGGUGGGCCGAGGCCGGCAGGGGAGAUCACAGGACCUCCCCUGUUGGCCCAUGCAGAGCUGGCACUAUCCGAGUGCCGGCCCUGCUGUGUGCCUUCAUGGGCCGGUGGGAAGAUCAAAGAUCUCCCACACCGGCCGACAGGCACUGAUAUGCCGCUGGAGGGAGGCAGGAGAGGACCCGGGGAGCUCGAGCCAGCAGCUCUGCCGGGUUCCUCUCGCGAGGUUGGAGCAUUGCUGCGGUUACAUUCUUGGACAGAAAUAAAAACAUUAUAGAGCAAUGCAACACCUCAAGACUUUUUACCUACAAAGAUCUCCUUCCUACAAUCAACUGAUAUCUCUGACGGAAGAAGUCCGCCUGGAACUGGAUUGGUGGCUCCACAAUAUGGAGGAGUGGAAUGGGAAGGCAAUUUUCUGCUCCCUACCGUACUUCAUAUUGGAAUAUGAUGCCAGUCUCUGUGGUUGGGGUGCAACUUGCUCGGAUCUCUCCACUGGAGGGCUUUGGACACCCUCAGAACAGGCCUUGCACAUAAACUGCCUCUAAUUAAUUGCCGGCCCCUUUGCAGUCCGCAGCUUUGCAAAGGAUACAUACAAUUGUUCUCUGACUCUCGGAUGGACAAUGUCUCCGCGGUCUGUUACGUCAACCGAUUGGGAGGUUCCCAUUCCAAACUCCUUUUGGAUCCGACGAAGGAACUCUACUAGUUUUGCCUGGCCAGUAACAUCUCCCCGCAAGCAGAAUAUCUCUCGGGUCCUGGGCUCCCAGUACUCGACGUUCCUAUCUGUCCGUUUGGCAGAUCUGGACUAUCUGGUGUGUGGAAAGGGAUAUUGAUCCCUUAUCAUCCCCUGUAGUUUACGUCAUGAAUUUCUUAUCCUCACUCUUUGACCACGGUAAGGCCUAUCGAACUAUCAAUCUCUUUCACUCCGCUAUUUCGCAGCUCACAUCCCUGUUGAAAAUUUCUCCGUGGGCAGACACCCCUCAGUCUGCAGACUUUUGCGUGGUAUUUAAUUUGCCCUACCUCCUGCACCUAGAUUUUCCCAAUUUUGUGAUGUGUCAUUGUUUUUUUCAUUUUUGUAAACGUGGCCUCCCAACUUGGAGCUAACUAUAAGGGAACUUUCUGCUAAACUUGCCCUACUCCUCUGCUUGGUUUCCUUCCGGAGAGUAGAACGGUUCUGGUGUACCUAAUGUACCACACAGGAGAGAGGGAGACAGACUAGCACUAAGCUGCUCGAAAACUGGUAAUGAUAGGGAUUCACUAAAAACCUAUAUAGAACAAGGGAAAAGAACUCUCUAGAAGAGUGGGAAUACCAGGAGCUGGCUAGGUGACUAAUGGCUAAAAUACUACUACAUAGAGAAUAAAAAUAUAAAAAUAUAUAUAUGGUACUAUGCCUUUAAAUCUGGAAUGGACAAAGUAUCCCUAUAAAUGUGCAAAAAUGUGAAUAAAGGUGCUAUGAGUGGAGAUCUCAAAUAAACGGGAUAUCCCUUUAAAUAUGCAAAAAUACAAAGAGAAUGCUGCUAUACCUUUAAAUGUCCUUUAAGAAUGUGCAAACAUGCAAAGCAGUGCUAUAUAGGGGGGGUGAUAAAAAAAAACAAAAAAAAAAAACCUUAUAUAUAUAUAAAAAUAAAUACAAAAAUACAAAAAGGGGAAAGAUGAGAGACCAAAUUCUCUGCUGGAUGACCAAAAAAUAUGUAUGAAACUGGUGUCUAUAUCCCUAACAACAUGAGGGAUACAUGAUACCUGUUGCAAAUAAUAUACUUAGUAAAAGACAGAAGUAAAAAAUAAGCUAUACAGUACAAGGAACUGUUAGCUUUAGGCAAUAAAAAUGAAAACAAUAUAUCGCUGGAAAACUGAAGCAUAAAACUGGAUCACUUCAUAUAAGAAAAAAAAUGCCAGUUUAUUGAAUAUAUUAAAAUAACUUUGGAAAAAGUUAAAUAUAAAAAUACAGGUCACACUAGAUUCAGAAAUGCAUUACCAGACUGAUGCAUUGAGAAAUAACAGCAAGGACCUUCGGAUUGUUAAGGAUGGAUACGGAUUGUGAUGAUUCAAUAUACAGCUGCCGGUGAGGAUGGCUUGUGUCUGUGAGCACGUCCCUUCCGGAGAGUGUCUGAUGUCAAAGCCUUUGAUGUCCAUGCUCUUGUUUUCACACCCGAGGGUGUUAUUUUUACCAUCUCCUGUAGGACCAAGACCCUUUCAUAGACCCUCUCUAUGUGUGGCACAUUGUUUACACCACUAUGUAACUCUGACUAGCCCACUUGCGCCCCCUUUGAGAACCCAUCUUGAUUUCCUAUGUCCCUCCACACCACCGGUCUCGAGUCAUACUAUUGCUCGUUGGAUUAGAUACUUUCCGGUAUUGAUAGUUCCUUUGGUGCACAUUCUGUGCGCGGUACGGUGGCUUUCUCUGCAUUUCUUGCAAGAGGCGCCCUUUCGGAUAUUUUGGCCUCAGCAGAUUGGUCUAGGGAAGCUACCUUUCGUACCUUCUAUUUUUGUCCUGGUUCUCAUACCCUUUUUCCUUUUUUUUGCUUUCUGGGCAUUAAAAAAGCAAAUAUGAAGCCUCCUGUGUUGCUAUAAAAUUAGGGAUUAUUCAAGUGUUUAAUGGCCGAAUAAUCUAAAUUUUAUUAAAGGCAGGAGGUGAAUAUUUUCCCACACUUCUUGUCCCUCCCUACUAUCUGGGGUUGACAACUCCGCUUUAUCUUCUGUUGGACUUUUAUUGAUUUUCUCACGUAUUUUAUUCUGAUGAUACGUUAUCUCCUGUGGUUCUGAUCUCACUCUCCAGAUUGUGUCUGACAUUUAUAGUGCUUAUUUUUGCUUGAAUUUUGCUUGUCUAACAUGAUUGCCAUGAUUAUUAGACACCAUUCUUUCAUAAUAUUUCUUCUUAAUUUCAGUCUGAAGAUUCUAUAUUGUCCCUCUGAAGGAAUACCCCUUCAUCGUUCGCUGCUAUUAACUUCCCUCAGUUAUUUGUUUCUUUUUCAUGGCCAUUCGUUAACUUGUUCGUUUUACCGAACGGAGACCACCCUGGGACUAAUUAGAACAUGGAACACUGUGUAGCAAUACGAAAACCGUAGACUAAUUGAAUGCUACUAGGUGGCCAUCUUGUCUCCCGAAACGUGGCCAGCGGGACUUGGUCGCCAGUGCCUGGAACUGUUUUCGGCAAUGCACUAGCAUGAACCCCGGUUUAGGUGGAACUCCCCUACGUUCUAUUUCCCAGCACUUUAGACGAACGGCGUUCGGGAGUUUGAAACAGACGAACGCAAGGAGCAUUCUGCACGAACCAUCUCUAUUUUACUUAUUGCGGUUUUCGUAUGAAUCUCCACGAAUGGAGACCGACUCUUGAUACAAAACCUCUGGAACUGUUUCUCGAAUUCACCCUCUUGGCAGACCGGUCAACUUUCUCCACAGUGCCGUUCAGAAACUACCCAACGGAUUUGGCUGAAAUUUUGAUAUGUUUCUCCCACAUAGAUCAGCUACCCAGGGAUAUGACUUUUGUGGUAUUUCUGAAAAUCUUGAAAUUGUUAACUUUUUCUGACCAGCAGAUAUUUGAGUUUAGUAUCAAAACUCAAUUAUCUCGCUGGCCCAGAGGAGGAUUUAUGUACUGUAUAAAUUGAAUGCCUGUUUUCCCAUUAAACCAGUCUUGUCCCAGCAUUAAGCUUUGGCUCAUGUGUGGGUUAUUGGAACCUUUGGAUUAUUGCCGUUAUUAUAUUAUGGAAUAAGGGAAUGCAAGACGGUGAUAGCUAUUCAGACCGUCACAGUUCCUUUGUAGGUCUUCCAGCUCCAGCUGAGCUUAUUAUUUCUGGGUUUACAUGGUUGACUUCAUUUGUGCGGCUUCAUCUUCGAAAGAGGAAGUGGGAGGAGCUUCACCAUCAGUUAUUAUAUGAUAUCUAUACUGUGAUUGUUUGAUUUUUGCUUUUACAUUGUUAACCAUUUCUUUGCUGCUGGGAAGUUUGAGUAAAGAAAGUAAAGCAAAUAUUCGCCUCCUGUCUUUAAUAAAAUUACGAUUAUUCGGUCAUUAAACACUAGAAUAAUCCCUAGUUAUUUUUCAGAUUCAUCACCACCAGACUUUGAGAAUACUACUUUAGUACUCCAUUGUAAGUUCUCAUUAAAGAGUGGCUCUGAUGACAUCACAAAUUAGAUUCUGCUGCAGUCUCUCUUUUUGGGGGCACCAAGAAAGUGUGAUGCUUGAACUAGCUGAAGUUAUAGGAGCUGUAGUGUCAGAAGAAGCAGCAGCAUAAGCAAUUGUAGCAUGGAAAGUAUUGGAUAAAACCCAGCAUACCGGGUGUUUAAUCAGAAUUAAAAUACAUACUGCUAAUCUGAGACUGAAUACUACUAAUAGUGGUACCGGUGAGGCAGAGCAUGCUGACGGAGGUGUCAGCAGUCCUCAUGGCCAAGGUGUUCUAACUAUCAGAAGCCAUGGAACCACUGCUUAUGGUGUAUAAGUGAACAGGACCCCUGUCCCCCACCCUUAACUCAAUUUUGGCUUGGGCUUAGGUCAUUUACAUUGAUGAUGGUGGGUUUCUUUUUCUUGUUACAGAAUGAUGAACUUUAUUCUGAAAAAAUAGGUGACUUUGUUGCAAAAUUGCUCAGUGAUAAGGUGCUGUAAAGUUAUUGUGUUUGACAUUAAGAAACAGUGCUCAAAUUGUGCCCACAACAACUGUGCGCUGGUAAAAUAAACUCACACGAGAAUGAAUGACCAAAUGGCUGCCAAUCCCAGAACCUACCUGCUAUCUCCCUCUCAAAGUUUUCUAUAGUGCUUCUGGAAGUAAUAGCUUCUAAAUAUAGAAUUAAAAAGCUAAAGCUAGUCUCACACUAGAAUCAAUGAGCCAUGAUAAGCAAAAGGAACUGUUUUUUUUUUCCGUGAUACCACAGUCUCCCAAAAUAUUCUCUUUUCUUUCUAAACAGUUAACAAGGGGGAGUGUUUAUGCCUGAGCCACUGUGAUUGGCUAAUGUCCCAGUCUUCCUUCUGGUCCCCUAGAGACACACCGAGGGGCUGGGGGUGAAAGAGACACACACAAAGGAGCUGGGAAGAGCAAAAUACACAAAGGGGUUGGGAGAGUAGGAGUCACACAAAGGGGUUGGGAGCAGUAAGACACACAAAAUGUGGGAGGAUGUAGGAUGUAAGAGUGAUACAAAGAGGGUGGAUAAGAGCCACACAAAGGGGGUUGUAAGAGAUACACAAGAGAGUUGUAAGACACACAAUGGGGAACAAAUAGGAGAUAAGAUACACUAGGGGAGGUUAAGAAACACACAGGUGAAGAUGUCAUUUUUUGGGGGAGGGUGUAGGGGGGAGGAAAACUGCAAUGUGUGUGAGGGGUGUAAUGUGUGUGAAGGGUUGCAAAAUGUACGUCAGGGGUGUAGUGUGUGUGUGAGGUGUGCAAUGUGUGUAUGUGUGGAAUGCAGUAUGUGGUGGAGUGCUGUGUGUGAUAGGGUGCUGUGUCUAUGUGGUGGAUGCAGUGUGUGUGUGAGGGAUGCAGUGUGUGUAGUGAAUGUGGUUUGUUUGUAAGAACCCAGAGUGUGUGUAGGACAUCUAGUGUGUGUAGAUGAUCCAGAGUUGUAUAUGGGAUCCCCUACAUUCAUCCCUGUGGAACGUAAUGUGUGUAGGGGUGCAGUGUGUGUGUGAAGGCUGCAUUGUGUGUGAGUGGCUGCAAUGUGAGUGUGAGGGGUGUAAUGGGUGUGAGGAGUGCAGUGUCUGUGUCAGAGGUGCAAUGUGUGUAUGAGGGUGCAGUGUGUGUGAGAGGUAUAUUGUGUUUGUGAUUGUUUGCAAUGUGUGUGUGAGGGGUAUAAUGUGUCUAAGAGGUUGCAAUAUGUGCGUGAGGGGUGUAGUGUAUGUGUGAAGAGUGCUGUGUGUGUGAGGGGUGCAGUGUGUGUGUGUGUGUGUGUGUGUGUGAGGUGUGCGUAUGCAAGGGGUGUAUGCAAGGGGUGUAGUGUGUGUGUGUGUGAGGGGUGCAGUGUGAGUGAAUGGUGCAGUGUGUGUGAGAUGGGUGUGUUUGAGGGCUCCAGUUUGUGUGUUAAAGGAGUGCUGUAUGUGUGAGGAAUGCAGUGUGUGAUAGGGUGCUGUGUCAAUGUGAGGGAUGCAGUAUGUGUGAGGGAUGCAGUGUGUGUAAGGGAUGCUGUGUGGGUGAUGGGUGCAGUGUGUGUGUGAGGUGUGCAGUGUGUGUGUGUUUAUGAGGGGUGCUGUGUGAGGGAUGCAGUGUGUAUGUGUGUGAGGGGUGCUGCGUGUCUGUGUGGUGGGUGCUGCGUGUGUGUGUGGUGAGUGCAGUGUGUGAAUAUGUUUGGAAGUAUUGUGUGCAUGGUGAAGGCAGACUCAUGCAAAUAUAUUCAAUAUGUAUUUGAAUUCUUUAUUCAAAAAAUUAAGCGUUUUAUCUCCCCUCCCCUUUACCUUUGUCUAGGGAGGGAAACACUGCUUAUGAAGCCUUGCUGAUCCUAGUAGGGAGUAAAAUCUAGCCUGCAGCUCCUGAGGCUAAAGUUCACUCUCAUGAGAUCGGACGUUGCCAUGGUAACCGCAGAAACGCUAUGACCUCGCGAGAGGAAGGACCUGGCAGAGCUGCAACCUAAAGCUCCCGGGUCCUCCUCUCCCUUGCUCCCUGGCUGCUACAUUCGACUGCCUGUUGGCCAGCGAGGGAGAUAUUUGAUCUCCCCACCAGUCCAAAUGGCAUAGAUCAGGGCAUUAUCUUACUUUCAUUCACAUCUUUUAUGCCUGUCUCAAGUAUUUCUGUAUUCUCCCUGUCUAUCUUGUCUGAUCAGCUGUCCGUUCUAUUAUUUGUCGGGCCUCUUUAAAAUUUUGUAUAUGCUAAUCAAUUUGUCUCUCUGUUUACUAUGUAUAUUAUGUUUUUGUUUUUUUUGUCUUGUUCUCUAUAUUAGCGUGUGUGCACCUGCAUAUCUGGCUGUCUAUAUAUAUUUCUAUUUCUCUGUCUAUCCUGUCUUACAUUUCUCUUUCUCUCUCUAAGAAUUAUAACUACCAUUCUAUUAAGGCAUGUGUCUUUCAUCAUAUCUAUCUAUUUAUCUAUCUAUCUAUCUAUUUAUCUAAUCUAUCUGUCAUUUUUGCGUCUGUCCCCCUAUUUACCUGUCAUUUCUGUGUGUCUACAAUUUCAUUCAUUUUAUUGUUAUCCUCAUUGAUAUAGUUAUGCUUAUCCGAUUCUCUAGAAUGUGUACCAACAUGAAGUGAUUAGAACUGGGUUAGUUGAGGCUAAAAUGGGUGGGAGAAAGAUGUAAGAAACAGAAUGAUGCAGAGCUUGUUAGGAUGUUAAGUAAGGGCCGAUAGAUGGACAGUUGCACAGGGCCACAAUAACAUUAAAGAUAACCCCAUUUGCGCUUUUUAAAAUAGAUACAGGUAAUCAGUACUAACUGAUGGUACAAGCAUAAAUAGCAAUAAUUAACACGGAAACCAUUGAUUAACUUGCAUUUUAAUUUGCAGGUGCUGCAAAUCUCACUAAGGAACAAAUAACACAGUCAGAAUUAUCUUCAGCAUUACCAGGUAAAAGUAUUAUGGACGAACACGUUCCUUCUUCCUGUUUAAUGACUGUUGUUGUGCCCUAACCAGUAGAACAUCAUGGUUCACCAUUGGGAAUUUUUUAUUUCUCUUCUGUAUUGUAUCAGCGGACAUCAGAGGCUUGUGAAACCAACAAAAUGUCUCUAGUCUCUAUGCAAGAGAGAUUCUGCAGUGAUCUGGUUAUAUGCAGGACUGGUUGCCCGCCAAGGCUAAGCUUGACACUAACACAUCCCACUUACAUGUUUUCCAACAUGGAGAGUUACAUAUCCCCCUCUAACACAAACAUAUUAAGAUCAUUAUUCAUGUUACACACUGAAGCCCUGAAGAGUGUGUUUUUCAAAUUGUUAUACAUUUGUAAUACAAAACUGUAUUACUAACACUACAGUGUCUCUCUGUGUCCGUACCCCCCCCCCAUUCCCCUGGUUUUCCCAAAGCCAUAUAAGGGUAAAAACCCGCAAAACACUUACCUGUUUGCAGCUCUGAGGUCCCUGGAUCGGUCUCCUCCUCCUCCGACGUUAAUGUGAUCUGGGAACCUAAUGCGCACCUGCUGCAAGUGCCGUAUAAGCAUUAGGCCUUCCUCACAGGAAUGCAUUCACUCAAUGCUUUCCUAUGGAGUUUUACGAAAUGCUGAAUAUCCUCAUGCACAGUUUCAUUUCACAGAAGACAGCCACUAGAGGUAGUCUUAGCAUUGUAAUGUAGACAUUAUAUGCAAUGUUUUCACUUGCAGGUUUAAGGGGACAGGAACACUGCACCCAGACCACUUCAAUGAGAUAAAGUCUGGUUGCCACUGUCACAUGUGCAGAGACCAACACUCUAAGUAUGGUCCUGCACAUUAGGAUGCACUAAAUGUUCUCCCCUUUUUUUUUUUUCCUUUCCUCCUGUAUAUUCUUUCCUAGUACUAUUGGGGGAGAGAACCUAAUAUACCUGUUUCUAUAUCUAGUACCAGAGGCAGCCACGAUCAGUCCGUUGAAUAUAUCUGUCUGGAUGGCAAUGUUGCUAUCUUUACUGUUCAUUUACAAGGACUGGAUAUUUUGUUUCUGUUGGGGAUCCACGCAAUGAAUAUAAUCCCAGAUACAGUUACAUUAAUGGCUAGCCUGUUGCAUAGUAUAUAACAGGUUACUCUCACCCCCCCCCCCUUUAGUCACAGGUUUAACACAGCACUAUCUGAUAAUGAGGCAGCAGCACUACAUUUAAUCUUUGUUGUAAGCCUGCCAUUUAUCUGACAUUUUGAUACAAAUGCUGUGUUAACAUUAGAAUAGAUGUCCAUGAUAUUUGUAUAUAUAUUUUUCUCCAUAUUAUUCAGACAUUGACAUUGAUUAUCAUAUUAAAGUCAGAAGUCUGAUUAGACACUAACUAACAUAGACAUUAGGGAGGUACAGCUAUUGAUAGCUGUGGAGAUCUAUAUAUUGAUUAUAUAUAGAUAUAUAUACUUUUUGGUUUCUCUUUUGGUAUAUUUACAAACAUUUUUUGUUUUUUAUCUUUAUAUUUUGAUAUUAUUCAUUUCAAUUUAAUUUCCAGUCAUUAUCUACUUUUCUGGAGUAUUUUUCUUCAGAUUUGUGGAAUUUUUUUCAAUAUUUAGGUGUGUGUAUGUGCCAGUGUGUGUGUAUCUGUGUGUCAGUGUUUAUCUGAGUGUUUGUAUAUGUGUCAGUGUGUAUCUGUAUGUCAGCAUGUGUAUCUGAGUGUAUGUGUCAGCGUGUGUAUCUGAGUGUGUGUGUGUGUGUCAGUGUGUGUAUCUGUGUAUAUGUCAGUGUGUAUCUGUAUGUCAAUGUGCAUAUCUGAUUGUAUGUGCCAAUGUGUGUAUUUGCUUGUAUGUCAGUGUUUGUAUCUAUGUGCUAGUGUGUAUUUGAGUGUGUGUAUGUGCCAGUGUGUGUAUCUGGGUGUGUGUAUCUGUGUGUGAGUGUGUAUCUGAGUUUAUGUGUGUAUGUGCCAGUGGGUGUGUAUGUGUGUAUGUGCCAGUGUGUGUACCUGUGUGUAUGUAUCAGUGUGUCUAUCUGUGUGGCAAGGUGCUCACACAUGUGUGGUGGCUGUGUGUGUAUAGGGAGGAGAUGCAGUAGCUGGUGAUGCCACCUCCCUGAAAUGCAUUUUUGCAUGUUGGGAUGUCUGCAUACACUCAGACAGAUUGCCAGAUGCCCAUAUAUAUAGAUGUAUCUUUGUGCAAGAUCAUCUUAAAGGCAUUAUUUAACAGAAUGACUAUAAUUUGCAAUGAAUUAUUUAACAACAAGGCUAACAGAGAAACACUAUGUACGUAGUGGGCACUGGAUAAGAUAAGCAUCCCCCUGACCAACCAGUAAAUCCCUAAUAAAGACAGACAACAACGAUGGAUGAAACAGGCCACAGCAUUUAUUUAAAACAAAUAAAUACUGCAUAACACAUCUAUCUUUAAUUAUAAAUCAAUAAAUAUAAGAAACUGAUCAAUAAAUUAACACAUAAAUAACACAAAGUGUCAUACAGUAUUUUUAAUUUUAAUCAAAUGUCCUUCCCAAUAUAACUCACAUCCCCAAAUGCUCUCAAAAUUCCCUUUUAACCUUUAAUUCUCACCACCAGCUGGCUUUUAGCUUAGUGGGACACGUCCAUAAUGCUUUCCAUCAGCUGGAUUUUAGCUUAGUGGGGCAUGUCCAACUUGGUAACCUUGCAGUUUACCCUAGGAGACAGGGGAGGUUGAGACCCGACCAUUAUCCACCGUUUUAGUCUGCCUGUAAAUUGUCUCCCAACUUGAUUGGCAACUACAUGCCCCCCGCCAGCUGUGAUGACAAACCAGGAUCCAGAAAGAAGGGAGGAUGGGCAGGAAACUGUUGCUGGCCUGGAUCCCAAGUGGCACUGAGAUAAGCUAACAAGUUGCCACCCAUUUCUAGCAUACAAACACUCCCACACAAACAUAACAACCAAUCACAUCUCAUCCAUCCCCACACUCAUACAUGUGCCCUUGUCUGCUAAGCUGAGCUAUCUCCCUUGGGCCUCUUCAGUAACACUAAUACAAUGACAAGAACAUUCUGAUCCAAGGAAUUUGACUCUUUGCUAAUGUGGCCCCUUCCCUAUAAAUACAAUCCUAAUAACAAUGAUAUGAGAGAGCACUCACUUUUACUUUUCUUCAGGGUGCAAUGACUUCGACUCUGCCUUCCUGGAUAAGUAUCAAAGAAUAAACAAAAAAAAUGUCCAGCACUCCUUAUUAUGAAACGAUGAUAUCCCUUUAUUGGCAAAACAGCAACAUUUCGAUUGUGUGUCUCUAUCAAGCAAUUGCUGCUUUGCCACUGAAGGCAUAUCAUCUUUUCACAAUAAAGAGUGCUGGACAUCUUUUUUGUUUAUAAAUAAAGUCUCCCAUGAUUCCAUCCUGGUUUCUAACAUAAUUAAACUGUUUAGUUAUACAAAUAGAGACAGGGUUAUUUGCUAAAGUAACUGUCAUGAGUUCAAAGUAAAUUUCAAAUAUAAAGUCAAAAUAGCUAGACUGAACAAAACAUUUCAUAGUUAGCUAUACUUCCAGUUUAGUUCAUUUGGCCCUACGUUUGAAUGUAACGUUGACAGAUAGACAUGAUAACCUCUGACAUAGUUCUCCUAUAUCUUUCUGUGCAGAGGAAUAUGUGAUGGAAGAAAUCAAUGAAUGUGACCCUGUCUCAAUACAACAUUCAUUGGAAAGACACGAGCCUGACAGUGGUAAUGAACUUUCCAGCUCUAGCUUGGACAGUCACGAUUCCGCUACGACAUCCACCGAUCAGCCAGUUGGUGAUAUUCAGUCUAAGGAAGAUGACAUUCCCAACAAUGAAGAUGACAAUGAAGAAAGCAUUCCUCGUCCUACUGUGCUUGAAUUGUCAGAGACCCCCAACACACUCAGUGAGGAACAAGUAACAACCUCACCCCAAAAUACUGUGCAAGAGGUAAAAGAAAAUGGAAUACAAAGCUGUCCUGAAUCUUCGCAGCCUAACGAGGAAAGAAAAGCAUUGGAGGUGGAAUUAGUUAAAUGCAUAGAGGAAUUUCAAAGGAUUAGAAUCCCAGUAGUGUUUCCAAACAAAAAGAGAAAUUGGCAGAACGAGCUGCUCCGAAAGUAUCAACUUUGA